AUGCAGAACCCCGUGUGUCUGAUAGAGAACAGACAAAGAAAUGAAUUGGUCGUGAGACACGAAGGAUUGCAGAUUCUUAACAACAUCAAUCAGCCUCUGGUCGUUGUGGCAAUUGUAGGCAAAUAUAGGACUGGGAAGUCCUAUCUAAUGAAUUAUCUAGCAGGACGCAGGAAAGGUGAUUAUGAAAUUAUUAAUAUACAAACAUAAAAACUCUUAAACACCCAUAGCUAACAUUGUAAUAAACAGCAUUCAUCCAAUAUGGCCCUUUUUUAAAGAAGGAAAGUCCCUGUAUUCCCUUUGUUCUAUUCCUCUUUUAGAAUCUCCAUAUUUUUGUCAUAUAUGAGUGCAUAGCAUAGCUUUAAAUUAAUAAGACUCACUGCAAUGUGUCUGUAGACUGCAAAUAAUACAUCUAGAAUCCAAGGAGAGAAAAAGGAGAGAAAAACAAGUAGCAAGAGAGGUGAGAACGGACAACUCAAUUACCCUGCCCUUUGGUGGGUCCCCGCUCAGAUCUCAUGCUGGUUUUAGCUCAUUUUGUGCAAUUACAGAGAGAACAUAUCUGAAGCAUAUCAGACUGGUCCCACCCAUAUGGGCAGUCCAGAUCCAAAAUGCUAGCAAGUUCCCUCUGCUCGAGAGAUACGGCAACCCCAGACGAUUGUUUCAACCUUGUAAGGUGUGACGGUAGUCACCAUCACCGAGAGCUUAAAAUUGACAAUUCAAUUAGGUAUCUGAAUGACUCCUAUGUUUAAGUAACCCUGUGUCCAUUAUGGGUGCAGGGUGUGUGUUUGGGGUUACGGGUGCAGAGUUUUCGUUUGGGGUUAAAUGUUAGUGUGAUCUCCUGUCUUGCUAAUGCUUGUAAUUAACUAGGUGGAUUUGGCUGUGGAGCCUAUACAGCGCCACCUGUUGGUUGCAAGGAUCUAGCAACAGCGAUAUGCACUACCUGAAUAACAAGACUUGCUCAUUUGCAUAUUCAGGUAGAUUUGCAUAUUGCUUAUUCUGCAGGCUGGAGAGAUAUUUUCUGGUUAGUAUUGUCUUCCCCAUCUCUUUAUAAAUAUAUCAUUGUGUUAUAACAAGUUUCUAUAUGUUAUCUGCUAUAAUUUGACUGUUUGUAAUUUUAUUGAAGUUGUCACAGCAAUCUAAGUGUAAUAAACAUAUGGGCUAGUCCCGAGUUAAAUAAAGUUUUGUAUGUUAGUUCCUUUUGGAACUUCUGUCCUGUGUGGAUUUGUAGGGAUCCCAGUGACAGAGUCUUCAUACCUGUUUGCUGGCAAUAAUUAAAAUCACUGUAAGCAGAGCUGCAGCGGAAUAGGCAGAGGGGACACUACUUGCCUGGAAGGGUCCAGGGUCCAGGGUGGUCCAGGGUGGGAAGCAGCAGGGUGGUCAAGCUGCGGCGGGUAGGGGCUGAAGUGCUGAUGGUAAUAGCUAGAAAGUGUGUUUGACGGAGGUACCCAGUCGAGGAACCAGGCGGUCCGCCACAUUUGGUGGCAGCGGUGGAAUGGAUUCCUAGUGAGUAUAGGAACACCCUGGAGACACCAUUUGGAUUUAUAAUUGAUGGCAACGCUAGCAUUCGCGCAGAGGAGCUCAGCGGAAUGGAGUGAGCAGACCUCCUGUCAGCGUUCACCCUCAGGGACAAAAGUGACCCAGAAUGGAGAGAUGUAACCCGGGGGCUAUAUUGGGAAGAUGCCCUGGAAAAGAUCCAGUUUCAGUGGAGAGAGAGACAGCACUUGUGGGACCAGGUAGCCCAACGGAUGUCGCUUCUGGGAAAACAACACGAGGCAGAGCGGCUAAGACACCUGGAAUCCCUAAUAGAGAGAGAACUGAUCAUAGACAAUUCAUAUUGGGCACCGUGGUGGUACGCAAUACAACAGGAUGCCUGGCUGGCGGAGGGUGCCUCGCCAGAGGGAGAAGGCUACGGUGGCCCUGGCCUGUUAUGGAAGGCCCUUGAGAAGGAUGGUCAUGAUACUGGGCCAUUUAUGCCUACCGGAAUGCUGUGUUACAGUAUCCCUCAGUCCUGGGGCUGGGACCUGACUUUGCCCGUCUGGCUGCCAUGGAGUGGGAACUAGAGAGAGAUUAUGUAGAGCUACUAGACGCAGUUAAGCCACAGGACAGUGACGCAGAGUAGGAAAACUGGGUGGCUGACCCAGACCUGCCACUCUCUGGAGGGGGAGACCAGGCUGCUUCCCUAUGCGCUCCCGAAGUAGGAGAUCUGAUUGACUGGGAUGACUGCCCAUUGGCAGGUGGAGAUGGCACCGAGGUCUCUCCACCGGCCCUACAGGGAUGCUUGGUGUGGUGGCCACUCCAAGAGGAUGAGGGGUUUCACCGCCUGAGCUGUUCUUUUCCUCUUGUUCAGAGUGAUGUUUUCCUAUUUUCCAGGAUAGUAUAGCUGUAUAGCUCUUACAAGAGCUGGUGAUUAUAGCAGGUAUAGCUGAUCCCUACAAACAUGAGAUGAGACUCUAUGUUGAGGGUGCACAGAAACUGAUUUUAAUGGGGCCACACUUGGCCUUUUAUGGCAAUCCCCAUGCAAGGGGUACUCCCACCUGGACCUGGAAGACUGCAGCACAAAGUCACAGACCAAUGACAAAUGUGUUCAAGUGCAUGGCACUUCCAUAUACAAUCAUACAAUCGCUCCCCUCUGCUGGGAGAUAAUUGAGUCAGAUAUUGUAACAACUCAUUUAUCUCCAGGAGAAAAAAACACAAAUUUUUACAGACCCCAGAAAGUACUCCCAGAACUCAUGGGAACCCCACAACAGUUAUAUCCCCUGAUAGCCCCUAUCUGGGUGACCAACAUAUCCAUAAAUCACCCAAAUCGGUUCAGGGGUUCGGGAUUUCAAUGAAAGUCCUUUUUAUGACCGACCGCACACGAGGCUCCUGCCCAAAAUAGUACCAUAGAUUCAAACUGUGCGGUCAGUCUCUUUCGGGAGUCUAAAACAUAACAAAAUACCGAAGGUAUCAGUUCGUAUGAAGGCUGGUCGUGUGCCCCUCGUCCGGGGGUUUGGCUCUACCGAACGCCGUUCCAAAGACUCGAACUGAACCGAACAUACUUGCGGCUGGAAGUCCCAGCGGUGUUUGCGCUGUCAAGUGCACGAUUUUAGUUCCAUGCACACGAUGACCAAACACCGCUGUAGGCGUUCGCGGAAUUAAGAUGGCUGCUGCCUCGUGUUCGGCAAUACGAACCACGUCCACCCAGCCGACCACUUAGAAUGUUAUUAGCUUGUGGUUUCUCCAAGUCUGUUAAGUGGUCAUACAGGUUAAUGAGCGGCACGCAACAGCUCUGGGUGGUCUGGCCGUUCGGUUGUUUGUUCGGUAUUUGAACUGGGUAGGUUUUAAGUGUUCGGUUAGUACAUGUACCGAAUAAUUCAAGGUAGCACAAUUAAAAUAAACAGAAAAAAUUAACAGGGUGCAGUCCAUGGAGAAGGCAUCUCUCACAGUGGGCAGCCGGCCCAGAUCCCCAACCACAGCCGGAGAUACCAGAAGAGGAGACAGUUGGUAACCUCUUCUCAAUUACAGGGUGACCUUAUAGACUCGUCCUUGGGGGAACCCCAACUGGCAGGGACUGAGUAUGUACCAGGGAGAGGAGCUGAGCAGGCUUUCUCCUCAGCAGCAGAAUGAGUAUCUCACCAUAACCCAAGCUGCAGCGCUGGCAUCGGGACAGAGUGCCACUUUCCUCUGCCUCCAACCUGCUGUUGCUCCUGCCUGGGCCGCCAUCAGGUGGUGACAACCAUGAUGCUUGUCACAGGCCCGGCGGUCCUGGGCGUCUAGUACACACAAACACUACAUCCACUACACUAACACACUCUGCGUUCACUAUACACACUGCAUCCGCUACACAAACACACACUCUGCAUUCACUGCACAAACAGUAUCUAAUACACACAAACACUACAUCCAUUACACACAUUCUAAUUCACUUCCACAAUACACACCACAUUCAGUCCUACAACAUUUGCAGUGGACUAGGUAGGAGUCCUGUGGGUGCACUCGUGGGCGGGCCGGGAGGGGCCCAGACCUUGUGCUUUGUCAGGGGCCCCAAAAUUUCUGGUGGCGGCCCUGGCUCCUGCAUGUGUGAGAGCAGAGAGGCCCCAAGAGCUCACCAUACCACCAAGUGAAGUGCUGGCAUCGGAGAAGAGUGCAGCUGGCCUCUGUUCCCAACUAAAAAAGGAGAAGUCUAUUUGUCCCGCAUUGACUACAGUCUGUUUGUCCCGCAUUGAUGGGACUACAGUCUAUACUAGUGUAAUCCUACAAUGCAGUGCAGUUGUUCCAAAUCCCUAACUCAUUGGUUUAGAGACACCAGCCCCUCUAAAUUCUCUCCAACGGGUGACAGGAUUUAAGGGAGAGGGUGUAGUUGACACCUCUCCCCAGUGGUAGCUACACACUAUGGGAGAUGAUGAGAUUGGCUGGGUAAGUGACUCUUUUAAAACUGUAUUCUCUCCUGAACAUUGCUUUGGCGUUGGAAUCAACAAUAUGCUGGGCAGUCAGCCAGAUCCCCAACCCCCUGGCAUGGGGUCCUCAGCCACUCAGACAUCUCUCCAUCAGCAGUUGAUCCUUCAGGGAGAGUAACUUCCCCCCUCCCCAGCAGUAGCUCAAGUUACCAGGAGCGAAGAAAAUCGGCUCUCCCAGCAGCAGAAUGAGGAGCUCACCAUAACCAAAGCUGAAGUGCUGGCAUCGGGACAGAGUGCCACUGGCUGUGGAUUUGUGUCCUGUGUGGAUUUGUAGGGAUACCAGUGAUAGAGUCUUCGGACCUGUUUGCUGGUUGGAGGAUGCCUCUAGCCCUGGGAUAAAGCAAGAUAGCUAGGCUGGAGAGAAUCGCUGUUAGCAGAGCUGCAGCGGAAUAGGCAAAGGGGAUGAUACCUGCCUGGAAGGAGAGCUUUGACCACUGGAAGCUGGAUCCAGGGUGGGAAGCAAUGAUGAGACCCCAGCCAAGCUGCGGCGGGUAGGGGCUGAAGUUCUGAUGGUGUCCCGUUGAUAGCUAAGAAGCUUGUUUGGCAGAGGUACCCAGUCAGUCCGCCACAUAAGGUAUCAUCAGUAAGCUAUAGCCAAUAUCCCUCUAGGCACCGUGAGCAAGGUGAGCGAAAACCAGCUUGAGAUCUGAGCGGGGACCCACCGAAGGGCAGGCUAAUUGAGCUGUUGUCCGUUCUCACCUCUCGUUACUUGUUUUUCUGUCCUUAAUUUUAAAGGGCAAUCCAGAUGUGGACCCCUUGCUCAUGGUGCCUAGAGGGAUAUUGGCUAUACCUCACAGAUGAUACCUUAGAAGUUCGAAACCAUUGUCUGGCGUUGCCGUAUCUCUCGUGCAGAGGGAACUUGCUGGCAUUUUGGAUAUGGACUGCCCGUAUGGGUGGGACCAGUCUGAUAUGCUUCAUAUUUGUUCUCUCUGUAAUGGUACAAAAUGAGCUAAAACCAGCAUGAGAUCUGAGCGGGACCCACCGAAGGGCAGGCUAAUUGAGCUGUUGUCCAUUCUCACCUCUCUUGCUACUUGUUUUUCUCACAUUUAGAAUCCAGUCUAUGUAUGCAAGAUGUUUUGGAUUUGUGCUAACAUCAGUUACAUAUGUUUAUCAGCAUAAAUGUUUAUUAGUAAGUCAUGUUUCAGAAUAGCGCCACCUACCAGUUUGCUUGUUUGUCCCUUGUUUGGGAAGCAUAAUGCGGUAUUAUCAGAACCAUAACAGCUGUUACAUUAUGUAGACUAAAAAAGGUAUUUCACAAAAGCAGUGGGAGAAAAAAACACUUUUUUUUAAAAAAAUGACCACUUUAGUUUAAACUUUUUGACACAAAAUAUUAAAUCUUCUUUGUUAUUGUGUUACGCAAAUAAUUUUUUCCCCAGGAUUUCCUCUCGGAUCCACCAUCCAGUCAAAGACUAAAGGGAUCUGGAUGUGGUGCGUCCCUCAUCCUUCCAAGCCAGAACACACAUUGGUUCUACUGGAUACAGAGGGCUUGGGAGAUGUGGAGAAGGUAACUGCAAUUUAGUCAAACACAUGAAUUAUAUUUCUGUUUAUCAUCCUUUAAUGUGAUAACCAAACAAGUAGGUUGGGCUAUUCUGAAACAUUUCAGGACUAAACUAAAUUGUGAUAUGAAAUGUGAUUUAAUUAGAAGAAAUGAGGCUCAAAAAUGAAAACUUUGUAUUUUAAAUAUUCCUUCCUAUCUCUUACAGGGAGACAGUGUCAAUGAUGCCUGGAUCUUCUGUUUGGCUGUCCUCUUGAGCAGUAAUUUUGUGUUUAAUAGUGUGGGGACCAUAGACCAGCAAGCUAUGGAACAAUUACAGUAUCCUUUACAUUAAAACGAUUUACAUAAAGAGGUAUAACAUAACAAGGACAGGGCAGGAAAAUGUUCUAUCAGAAGUGUGCUUGAAAAGUAAGGUUUUUAGUACACUGAUCAGUCACAACAUUAAAACCACCUGCCUAAUAUAGUGUAGUCCCCCCUCGUGCUGCCAAAGCAGCUCUGAUGCAUUGAGGCAUGGACUCCACAAGACCUCUGAAUGAGUCCUGUGGUAUCUGGCCUCAAGACAUUGGCAGCUGAUCCUUUAAGGCCUGUAAGUGGCGAGGUGUGGCCUCCAUGGAUUGGUUUUGAUGAUCCAGCACAUCCCACAGAUACUCAAUCAGUUGGAGAUCUGGGGACUUUGGAGGCCAAUCAACACAUCUUGAACGCUUUGCCAUGUUCCUCAAACCAUUCCUGAAGAUUUUUUACAGUGUGGCAGGGUACAUUAUCCUGCUGAAAGAGGCCACUGCCGUCAGAGAACACCGCUGCCAUGAAGGGGUGUAUAUGGUCUGCAACAAUCUCUAGGUGGGUGGUACAUGUCAAUGUAACAUUCAUUUGAAUGCCAGGACCCAAGGUUUCCCAGCAUUACCCAGAGCAUAACACUGCCUCCACCGGCCUGCCUUCUUCCCAUAGUGUAUCCUGCUGAUCUAAAAGAUAACAUGAUUCAUCAGACCAGGCAACCUUCUUCCAUUGCUCUCUGGUCCAUUUCUGACAUUCACAUCCCCAAUGAAAGUACUUUUGGCGGUGGACAGGGGUCAUGGGUACACAGCCCCAUAUACAGUAAACUGCAAUGCACUGUGUGUUCUGACACCUUGCCAUCAUGACCAGCAUUGUUUUUCAGCAAUUUGAGCUAUAGAGGUUCUUCUGUGUGAAUAGACCAGGUGAGCUAGCCUUCACUCUCCAUGUGCAUCAAUGAGCCUUGGGCGCCCAUGACCCUGAUUUUGUUCACCAAUUGUCCUACCAAUUGUCUGCACCAGUUUUGGUAGGUACUAGUCACUUCAUACCGGGAACACCCCACAAGACUUAUGGUUUUAGAGAUGCUCUGAUCCAGUUGUCUAGCCAUCUAUUUGGCCCUUGUCAAAGUCACUCAGAUCUUUUUGCUUGCUCAGUUUUCAUUCUUCCAACACAUGAAAAUUUAAGAAGUGACUGUUCACUUGCUGCCUAGUAUAUCCAACCCCCUAACAGGUGCCAUUGUAAUGAUAUAAUCAAUGUUAUUCAUUUCACCUGUCAGUGGUUUUAAUGUUGUGGCUGAUCAGUGUUUAUCAUAUGAACUGAAGGCAUUGUUUGUAGUUAAACACUCAUUUUUAGAUUAUUUUAAUAAUUUAUAUUUAUUAUCAGCAAGACACAUUGUUGUCCAGGUCUGUUUUUUUUUUGUUUUUUUUAUUGUUUUUGUUGCAUAUCAAUUCAUUAUAUCUAAUUUGGACUUUUCAUUUGUUCAAUUUCCUCUUUCUGCUUUUUCCAUUUUCACUACAUUAUUAUUGCACAAAAUAUGGAAUGACAACAGUUUAGAUUGGUUUAUUGAACAGGAGUUGACAUUUCACUAACCAUCAUAUACAAAAUACAACCCACCUACUCGAAAUUCAUUGACAAAUGCUUUCCUAUGAACAGUUUGAAUGCGUGUGCGGCUCUCUACUUGGGAGCCGACGUGGGAAGGGGAGGAGAGGUCACCAGCGCCGAGGAAACCUGGCACUGGAUUAAGGUAAGUAACUGAAGGGGUUUUAACCCGUUCAGUGCAAAGGGAGGGGGGCCCUGAGGGAUGGGAGGGGGACCUAAGGAUGCUAUAAUGUCAGAAGAACGAGUUUGUGAUCCUUUAAAGUUUAUAUACAUAAACAGAAAAAACAAACAAACAUACACACGCACAAGAUAAAAAGAUUUCAGAAAAAAAGUAUACAAUUACAUUUACCUUUAUCACCCUGUAAAGAAAAAUCAUUCAGGAUGUAUAUAAAAAGUUUUGUCUAUAACAAUAAGAGUAGGAUGGAGGGGCUCUUGUGUAAAUAUAUUCAUCUUCAUGUAUGCAAUAUUAAAAAAUUAUCUGCUAAUAUAUAGCCAAGUGUUGGUGGAAAUGAACUCACAAAAUCGGAGUUUGAAUAAACCCCUAUGGAGAUCCACAGUAUAUGCCAUCAAUGGAGCAUUUAUAUAAUAGAUACAGUAAGUAAUGGGUCCCAUAGGAAGGGUAGCUCCUUUGGGGACAGUUUCAUCCUACAAGGUAACGUCCUUUUAUAUAAAGUAAAGUCUUUGUCAUUAUGGUUUUACAGAUACUUUUGUUUCAUACAAACCUGCAUUUUGAUAUCUGUUACUGGCAUCACGUUGUUAGAUUAGGUCUUUCUAGUAUCUGGUAUGUGGUCCUCUCUGUUGAUGGUUUCCACCUAUAUUAACACUAACAGUUUGAGAAUGGGUAGACUUUGACCUAUGCCUCUACGUGACAUUCAGUUGUACUUUUAUUUAAUGUGUUUAUAGCCAACUCUUGACUUGAUAGUGUUUCCUGUUGUGUUGAUAACCCAGACUGUACUGUCAAAAUGCCUUUUUUUCUGAGCUUGUCCCAGCUAUGUAACAGAACUAACAAAGAGGAUCCGGUUGAAAUCAUCUUCGGAUGAUACGUCUACUGAAUUCAGGAAGAUUUUCCCGACAUUUACUUGGUGUGUUCGAGACUUAUGUUUGGAAAUGGUACAUGACGGAGAGGAAAUAACACCUGAUGAAUAUCUGAGAAACUCUCUGCGAUUCAAACAAGGUAUCAGACGAGAUGCCAGAUGAAACACAAACAAUGCGAUUGUCUGUGAAUCUAAGUCAUAGAAUUCCCUGUAUCAAGAUAUUACUGAUUAUACCUUGUAUUCCCCAUUUUAAGACACAGGUAUUUGAACCACAAAAGCUUUUGCUUUUUUAAACGGUUGAUUUAAAGUUAUAAAACAUAUCUAGAGGAAAAUUGACUUAUUAAUUCACACAAAAUACAAGGCAAUUUGGAGAGAUCAUGUUUGAUGAUAUUCCAGCUAAAUUUCUUCAAUUUUAAAGAACCAAAAUUUUAUUUUGGAAUUGUCUGUAGGGUUUGUCCACAUAGAGAAUGUUUAGCACUUAUAAAAACAAAAAUAAUUCAGUGCUUGUGUGUCACAUGUUCAUUCUCACCUUGUGGUGUCUCUGGGGAUAACUACCUUACGGGCAUUGGUGGAGAUGUUGGUCGGCAGCCCUGUGCUGGUGUGUCUGACUCCUGCGGCAAAUUGAAAGACGUCGGCCGCUGCGGACCCAUAAUAAUUUAUAACCCCACGUCCGCCCACGGUAUUAACGAUGUCAACGUGCAUGCACGUUCUGGGGUCAGAGGCCGAGUACUGCCAAUCGGAUUUAAAGGAGACUUAUUUAAACUCCUUUCUUGCCUUUCCUUAUUGCCUUGUCAUGGAUUCCCUUAGUGGUUGUCCGAGAGUGUGUUCCUGAGCGUUUAUUUCUGGUUAUUGACUUUGGCUUCGUUUGACUUCCCUGCAUUCUGGUACCCUUGACUUUUGGCUUUCCCUCAUCGUUGUGUUUCAUUCUGUGUCCCUGACCUCGGCAAGUAUUCUGACUAUUCUCUGAUACGUUAAGUCCAGCCAUUCUAAGGCCGAUAAGACGUUACCUUUAGUCCUAGGUGUUAUACAGUUCUGCGUGCUGGAUCAACUAGUAUCCUGACAUUGUGUAAAUCUGGUUUAGUUCAAUGGGCAGUUUAAUUCCCAGGUCCAGGGUCUUUCUUUUCCCGUAGAAAUACAGUGAAACAGAGGGGUUGGUGUAGCGCCAAAGUUGUCCUUAUAUCAGCAUAUGCAACAACAAAAGACGUGGUAGAAAUUGUAGUGUAGUAAGUUGAGGGUUUAUGAGGAAAUAAAGAGUAAGCAAAUUUGAACUUUUGAUAAAGCCAUUUUUAUGGUGAAAGGGUUAUAGUGUAUUUUGAUACAGAGUGUAUUCUCUAUAUUGUUUUAACCUGUUUAUUUACUAUUUUAUAAAUAAAAGUACUUUUUUAUUGGACCUGAACAUCUGCUACUGCUGGAUUCUUGAACUUUAUAUAAUUGGUGGUGUUAUAUAGCAACUGUGCCUCUGGAUUGAGCAAAUCUUACUUUGCUCUAUUAAAUGUGAGUAGGUUUUACUUAUUUUAUUUGUUUUACACUCCAGUUUUAUUUAUUUUUUAUAUCUAUCUAUCUACAGAGAAAACCCAAUAUCACCUACAUCCUUGAGUGGGGAUUAUACCACUACACGCUACACCUUUGGAGCCACUAUUCUGGCUCCAAAAUAUGUGAGUACAUUAUUUUAUUUAACUACUGUCAGGAUUCCUUAGAGACCCAACACGCAGGAUGUAAAAGAACACGCAUACCGGGCCUUAGAAUGCCAGGACUUAACUUCAGGCAGAUAAAGAAUGGUCAGGGACAAGCCAAGGUCAAGGGAGCCAGAAAUCAUGGAAUCAAGGAAUGCAAGCCAAGUCAAGGGAACCAGAAAGCACAGAUUGCAAGAUACCAAAGUUGUGUCAGGAAUACAGAAAUGAGAACAGUCAGAAAACCGAGGUCAAGAUACAAGAACAUACUGAAAAGCAGAGCACUAUUGGGAACUGUGAGUAGAAACUCAACAGGGCAAUAAACUAUGGUUGAACUUGCCUUUUAUAGGCUGGAUCUUUAAAUUUGAAGCCACGUCCCUAAAACGUCCAAGUUUGAACGUUUUGGCGGGCCAUGACGCCAUUUGCAUCGUGACGUCGGCGUGUGCGCGAUGCAUCUUAAAAGGGGCGGAGCUACAGUUAGCAGCGUUGAAACCGCUGGAGUGGAGACUAGAAGCAGGAGCACGGCCAGAAACGUGAGUAAGCAUGACACCUACUCUUUCUUACAAUACCUGGCAUAUUGCACUGUAUAUGUUCCAUCUCUCGUACAUUUAUUCGUUAAUAUGCAUCUAGGUGUCAAUGCAUCUGAUUAAUUUGAGGCAGUCCUAUCCAUUUACGUGCUACCUACAGUCAACUGCGCUCUAUUAAAACAACAGUUAUAGUUUGUAUUUAUCUAAAUGUCUUCCUUUCGCCAUGUAUUGUAAUUCUUCAGCAGUGCAGUAACUUCUCAAAAGUCGAAGAUGUUUGUCUGUUUGAACUAUUUACAUCAAUACUUAUUUGUGAUUAACAGUUAAUUACAAGUACCCAAUUGUCGAGGUAGUGUUUUUAUAAAUAUAUUGAAACUAUAUUUUUAUUCCUCUUCCCACAAUUAAUUUAUAAUAUGGCCCAUGCAACGAACUGAUGUGUUAGUGUCAUUGUACUAUGUCUUCAAAUUAUGAGUUUAUUUUCGAGCUUGAGUUAAGUAUAUAAUGCAUUAUUUUCCUCCCACCUUCUUAAUUAUUUAUUUAUUUUGAUCAGGAGAAAUCAACAAUGUUUGAGAGGAUAUCUGAGUAGGUUUAAAUUGAUUAUUUAUGUGAAAUUUUACCACAUAUUUUUCAAUACAUUGCAUAGAUAAUAGUGAGAGAUUGAACUACAAAGUUAUUCUACUUGCAGGCUGAACAACAAUGCUGCGGGUAAAUACACCUGACUAAGUCAUAGUCAGUGGCUGCUUGGUGUCUUUAAAAUAUGGUUGUAUGUCCUACCUCAUUGACUUAUCCAAAUAGAUACAGUCAUUCUAAGUCAAUUGUUUUCUGAAAGUGCUGCUGUUUGACUGUUUCCCUGCUUACAUACCCUAGUAUUCAAUGACGUUAUACGGCGUUAUAUGACGUUAGCCGAUACAGUCUGCUAUAGAGGAUCAUUGCAUUAAAAAUUAAUAGGAAACACCCCAAACUCACUGUCAAACAGUAUCCCCAAGGAUACCACGCCAUGUCAGACACUAAAGCUAAAGGAGUUGCUAUCUAUUUCCAUAGGGACUGGGCAUUCACACCAUCCGACCAAUUUGCCAGUCGAGACGGGAGGAUACUAAUACUAGUGGGCUCCUUAAAUGGUUUAUCGGUAACUAUAGCUUCCAUUUAUGCGCCGAACGAUAAGCAAAAAACCUUCCUCAGCAAAGUGUUCAGGACAAUUGACAAGCUCAGAGUGGGCCAUAAAAUUAUAUGCGGGGACUUUAAUUGCGUUCCAGAUCCCGAUGUCGAUAUAAAACGAGAGGGGAACAAAUUACCACAACAACAUUCAAUCUCACUAGGCCAACAUUUUAGGAAAUUAUUGCACGGGCAUGACUUCUAUGACACAUGGAGAGCCUUGAACCCGAGCGGGAGGGACUACACGUACUACUCGUCGGUCCGUAGGACCUACACGAGAAUUGAUCUCUGUAUACUCGACACCAAAACAUUGCCCUUCGCCAUUAAGGCUCACAUCGGGCCGAUCACGUGUUCUGACCAUGCCCCAUACGUUGUCACUAUGCGCAUUCCGUACCCAGCUAAGGGUAGAGGCACGUGGCGCCUGAAUGAAGGUCUGUUAGACGUACCGGCACAUCUCCAACGACUACAGGCCCGGGCUGAGGAAUUUUUCGCUGACCAUGUUAACUGCUCGUCAUCCGACGCCACAAAAUGGCUGGCCCAUAAGGCGGUCAUGAGGGGAGAAUUAAUCCAGAUAGGGGCUAGAACAAAGAGGCUGCACAACACGACACUGGACAAGGUAGAGAAAGACCUGGCCACAGUAGAAUCCACCCAUAAAACAAACCCCACUACGGCAACACAUAAGCGACUGAUGUCACUUCGCACAACACUUCAUAGCCUCAACCUCGCUGUAACAGAAUGACACUUGAGGUUUUUGAAGCAAUCAUACUAUGUCAUGGGUAAUAAAGCUGGGAAAAUGCUGGCCAAUAAAGCGAAACAAACCAAAUUGCAAUCUAAAAUCCCGUACAUAACCUCCACAACUGGGGAUAAAUUAUACAACCCCCAAGACAUAGUGAACGAACUAGCGAAAUACUAUGCCUCAUUAUACCAAUUAGAAAAAGAUCCCUCCACUCACCAACCGACGGAAGACGAGAUAGCACGUUUUCUAGAUAGAGCGCCCCUAGCUAGUCUAACACAAGCACAACGAACCCAACUAGAGAACCCCUUCACGGAGGGCGAAGUAGAAACAGCAAUCAAAUCCCUCCCCAAACAUAAGGCCCCCGGACCAGACGGGAUAUCCAACUACUAUUACAUAAAACUGACCAAACAACUACUCACGCCUCUCACCAACCUAUUUAAUCACAUAAAAACUGCAGGGACUAUGCCCACGGAAAUGCUGGAGGCACAUAUAGUGACGUUACCCAAACCCAACAAACCCCCCACACACUGUGCAAACCUACGCCCGAUCUCCCUCCUGAACGCAGACACCAAACUGUAUGCCAAACUCCUCGCUUCUAGAAUUAAACCAAUCCUAGCAGACCUCGUCUCGGAGGAGCAAGCGGGCUUUGUCCAGGGGCGUCAAGUAGGGGACAACACUAGACAUUUCCUGAACAUGAGUGAAUGGGCGAACGCCUCACAUCAAGCGGGACUCUUGCUAGCGCUUGACGCUGAGAAGGCGUUUGAUCGCCUACACUGGAGGUAUAUGUUGCUCACCCUCACCAAAAUGGGAUUCCCACUAAACUUUAGAUCAAGCAUAAUGGCACUGUAUCAAAACCCUUCAGCAAAAGUUUUUAGCACGGGCUUCGUAUCUAACAGGCUCGCCAUAUGUAAUGGCACUAGGCAAGGCUGUCCCCUCUCCCCCCUAAUAUUUAUUCUAUGCUUGGAACCGCUAAUAAGGAUAGUAAAAAAUGAUCCCAAUAUACAUGGGCUGCACACCCAGGGGGGCGAAAAGAAAUUAGCUCUGUUUGCCGAUGACAUACUGCUGUUUGUUACAAACCCGGAGUCCUCCCUUCCCACUCUAAUGAGAACGCUGGUAGACUAUGGGGAGAUAUCGUACUAUAAAAACAACAUAACCAAAAUGCAAGCUCUACCCAUAAACCUACCAAAACCUACAUUAGAAAGGAUAAAACCGCAGCAUCCCUUUGAUUGGCGCACCAAUUCCUUAAAAUACCAAAUCCCUUCAAACGGUGACCAAAGAAAAUCACUACCCCGUGCUAAAGAAAAUCAAAUCCUCCCUCGAACAGUGGGCUAGCAUGGAUACCUCCUGGCUCGGACGUAUCAACCUAAUUAAAAUGAUGACACUACCACACAUCCUAUACCUAUUCAGAACCCUGCCCAUAUUCCUCCCGACUGCGCUGCUCAAACAAUUCCAAAGCACGAUCAAUGCACACAUCUGGAAGAGGAAACCCCCGAGAGUGAAUAAAGGGUGUCUGGGACUUCCUUAUGUCCAAGGAGGACUGGGGAUGCCGGACGUUACUGCAUACUACAGGGCCUCUUUCUUGGCACAGGGACUGCGACUCAUUAGGAACCAUAACCUCCCCCGUAAACCGCUCUGGCUGUCAUUAGAAAAUGAAUGCCUAGAGGCACAUGACACAGUCCAUUACUUAUGGACAUGCUCCUCGCCCCGAACAUCUGCGGGCACGACCCUGAGAUGCUCGAUCACUAUGCUUAAAGCAUGGAAGACCUGGUGUCCGAAGGUGCUGGACCCGGUACGAUUAUUUAGGGAGGCACCCAUCACAACACUCCCCAGGCAUACAGGUGGGCAAAUGGCUCAACAAGGGAGCGAGAUUAGUGAAGGAUUUAAUGUCAGGAGACGCGGUGAAACCAUUCCCUGAAUUGAAAGAGGAACUGGGGUUAGACUUGAGAGAUCUGUAUCUUUAUUUAAGAAUCAAAAACAUAAUAUUAACCCAUGGUAAACAAACAGCCGCUCGAACUGACUCUCCGGUACUCCAACCUAGCCACUUAUCUCUGACAAAAGCAGCAAAACCACUCUCCCUAUGUUACAAUGCGCUGGUCGCAGAUAACACCCCAGAUAAACUGAAAUACAUGGCAAAAUGGGAGCAGGACCUGGGAUUUCAUAUCUCCCAAGCAGACUGGCAGUCUGCAAGGGCAAAUACAAAACAGGCAUCGAGUAGCCUCUCGCUAUGGGAGGCCUACUGCAAGGUAACUAUGAGGUGGUAUAUGGUACCACAGAGACUAGCGAGUAUGUACUCAGGCGCUACGAACUUGUGCUGGAGAUGCGAGUCGGACACUGGAACCAUGUUACAUGUGUUCUGGAAAUGCCCGUUGCUAGACGGAUUCUGGAAACAAAUCCAAACCCUGAUCUCAAGUAAGACUGGCACCUCCAUCCCAUUGCGACCGGAAAAGUACUUAUUACAUGUUAUACCAGACCUAGACACACACCCUCACAAAAAAGUGAUUCUGAAUAUAUUGACGGUAGCAAAAGUAGCCUUAGCUGGUAACUGGAAAAGCAAACAAGUUCCUCAGGUAGAGGUGAUUAUCAACAAAAUGAAUGUGAUUAGCAUAUACGAGAAAAUGGCCAGCAAGCUGAAAGGAUGCCUAGGAAAGUAUGAUAAAGAAUGGGUAUGUUGGGCGGCUACAUAGUCACUGAAUGACAACUAAGACAAACCGACUGCUCGAACCAAAUGGUUAACCCCCAUAGCGGGCCAGUAAGGAAUCACACAGGCGCAAACGUUAGGGGACCAAAGGGGUUAGGGCGUUGAGGUGCUCAGGCGAACAUAUAGCCUCAUCAAUCUCACAAGUUACAUAAGGAAGGUGAUUUAUAAUGUACUGCUGGCUGUGGUGUGAAGCUGUGACCAGGGAUUUCCCCCCCCCCCCCCCUUUUCCUUCUGUAUCCCAUCCCCUUCCAAGUUAUAUAUAAAAAAAAUGCACCGCAUGCUUUGAAGCUGUAUGCAUCACAUCGAACAUCGCCUGACACACAGAUUAUUUGUAUAUUUAAUUGGUUGAUUGACCAAUUGAGUGAGAAGUACGGCUGGAUACAGGGCGAAAUGUAGAAUGUGGCGGACUGUAAUUAUUUACCAUGUUAUGUGUUGCAAAUGUCAUUCAAUAAAAAUGAUAAAUGAGAAAAAAAAAUUAAUAGGUACAUCACUACAAGUGCUACGCAUACAUCUAUGGACUGGAGUCUUUUUUCCACCUAAACUGCUAUGUAACUAUUUAGAUGUAUGCACAAUGUAAGCCAGAUGUAUGUACAGUAAUAUAGUGUUUUCCUUCUGUGUAACCAGAUAACAGUAAGAAUGCUGAGGACUACAACCGUCCACGGAAAUGCAUCCUAGAAUAUUUCCACUCACAUAAAUGCUUUGUGUUUGAGCGUCCAGCUUCAACAAGAAACCUGCGUCGUCUUGAAGAGCUUCAGGACUCUGAUCUGGAAGAGGAGUUUGUUGAACAGACCCGUGUCUUCUAUGAAUACAUCAUUAAAAAUGGAAGUGUUAAAACUAUUGCAGAAGGAAAACAAGUUACUGGAAAAAGUGAGCAACAUUAAAAUGGUAUUUUUAAAACGUUCAUUCAAAAACUUGCACAUUACUGGAGCACCUCUAGGCAUAAUAACCUCUAAAGAACGUUUUAGUGGUUAUAGUGCCAGGAGAACCUAGGACCUCCCAAUGUGCAAUAUGUAAAAUCCAUUAGCUCAGUAUGCUUACAGUACAUUAUUGGUAUGUAUUUCAUAUUUACAAGGAAUUAAUUCCACAAGAAAAUCAGCAUAACACAAGAAAAUUAUUUCAUUGCCUACCUAACGUGAAAACCCAUCUCUGCUACCUAACAUGAAAACCCGUCUCUGCUAAUUAACCCAGUGAGUGCCGUCUUUUAGAGAAGCAAAGGGCUUGUCCAACAAUGAGAAGGUUGUAAAAAAUUAAAAUCCCAAAAUAAAGGGCAAAGGAGAUGGGGGAUACAGACAGAGGUGGUUCCAGAGCAGCAUUAACCAUAGGACGACUUAAGGCGGCCACCAAAGGUUCAGCGGUUAUACAGGGGUCUAGAACCAUGAAUUUGCUUGGCUCCAUUAAUCAUCCCUAUGUGAAGAAUGAAGGAACGGGGAGAGGGAGGGAGGCAGGGACAAACCGGUAAACUGUCCAGGGCCCUGUGGGAUCUUAAUCCUGCUUUGGGUGAUCCUGGAAAAUAAGUCAGUCUGAAAUGAAGAACUGUUUGGUGUUUGCUGGAAAAGAGGACAUGAGCUGCUACUUGCUCAGGAGGCUACGUAGAUACACCCAGGGAACAAGCACUCCUAAAUUCAUUCCAGGUGCUGAGAAGGGAUGAACUGCACAAUGGGACAGAGUCUUCAUCUGGAUCUGGUACCAACACUCCCAUUCCCUGUACAUACACAUUACCCACACUGGUUACAUGCAUUCACACACAGCAGGCCAUAUUCACACACAACAUGUAUGCAACAACCAGUCAGAUUAUUGGCACUGAACAGUUUUUGUGGAUUCUAAACAUUUUCUAUAGCAACUAUUUUAACACAGCAAUGGAAUGAAGGGAAGUUGACUAGGGGAAUGCAUGGGGGAUAUGCUUAGAAUAAUUAAUUUGGGCAUGUUCCAAGACAUAUUAUGACCGGGGUAAUGAAUAGGGAGCUGUAUGGCUUGGGAGAAGUUCAAUGAGUUAAUAUAGCUGGUGGACAAUAAAUUGAAUAUUUUAUCUUGGGGGAACAUAGCUAAGGGCCAUGAAAUUGAAGAAAAGCAUUGGGGAUGUAGGGAAAAAUUUAAUUCUGUGGGUGGAGCUAUCUGAAUUUGGGAGGGUGGAGGCACCUUGUUCAUACAUCAGGCAGCACAAUGACAUGGGCAAUCCCUGGAUGCAAGGUGUGCUGACAUGAUGGAAGGAAGUUGAUAUGGACAGUACAGUGGAUUCUGAAGUGGAGUCAUUUUUAUUGAAAGGAUGUUCAAACAUUAUGAAGAUGAAGGGAUGAAGUCUGAAAUAAUAUGAGGAAAGGUAGUGCUAUGAUAGAGAUGUAGCAUAAACGAAACUGGAAGAUUCAGGGGGGUGGCUGAAGAAUUGUCGACUAUUGUCAGCCCCAUCAAUAUUAGAGAUAGCCUUGGAUAAAGUCCUAAUUUAAUCCAUAGACAAAUAUUAGCACUGUAUUCACAGAAAAACUGCAUACACAAUAAAAUAAAAACUAUUACAAUGAAUGCAAAAUAAUAAAAAAAAAAUCUAAUGACCAAAAAAUAAAUAUUAGAGCGGUUAAAAUUUAACUACAAAUAUGAAGAAAUUGUUGCAGAAUAAGUAGGAGAGAAGAAGAAGAUUAUUAGUAUUAUUAAUUGUUGCUGCUAAGCUUUGAGAUAGUGUCCCUUCUAAAAUCAGUUAAGUGGUGAGUGUACUUUUUACCUGUGACAUGUAAUAUAAAUAAAUUGCACCACCAUAGUGCAAUGUAUGUGGUUACAGUGAGGGCAAAUGUGUGCGUGUUCUCCUCCUACAUCUGCUGAGGGUGAGGGAUGGAGGACGUGUUACGUUGAGAGACAUUAUAGGUCCUAGCUAAGUGCAUAAAAUGUAUUUGAUUUAAAAGCUAUGCAAAUUAAUUAAUAUUUUGUUUUGAGAUAAUAUCCUUUUUUUUGUAUCCUAGUGCUAGGAAACCUUGCCGUCUCAUAUGUGGAGACCAUACAAAGUGGCUCCGUGAUUUGCAUGGAGAAUGCAGUACUUGCCAUGGCAGAAAUUGAGAAUGCAGCAGCUUUGAAGAAUGCCAUAGCCAAAUAUUUGGCUGAAAUGGGCCAACAUGCAAAAAGGUUUCCAACAGAGACACAUGAAGCAUUCCUGCGUUUACAUCAAAUGUCUGAGAAGAACGCAAUUCAAGUAUUCCUUCAAUGUUCAUUUAAAGAUGAAAACCAAAAACACCAACACCAACUUAGGGUCCGUAACUGAAGAACAAGAUUUUAUAUAAAGUUAAGAAGUCAUGUUCGGAUUUCACAACAACAAGCACAAUUGGUUCACAUUCAGUUUGGUUUACAACCACCAGCUGACGAUCUCAGCCAGUGAGCUAAGCUUCACUGCCCAUAACUCCAUCCUCUGCAAUGAUUUUGUUAAAACUUUGUACAGUCCCAUAGCAAAGUGUUAGAGCAAGGGUUAGCAAGCUUUGGCACUCCAGAUCUUGAAGACUAUAUCUCUAUUGAGGCUUUGUCAGCAUUAUGGUUGUAAGAGCAUUAUGGGAGAUGUAGUCCACAAAAUCUGGAGUCCCAAAGGUUAUCUGCCACCCCACCCCCUAUUUUUUAAAAUUCGUUAUUUUUGUGUGGAGCAAGACAAACAUUAUGAUGAUAUAGAAUGCAAUAAACAUCCACUUUUUAAAUGAGGGAAAGCAAUCAACAGUGCAGCACAAGGGUACCAAGUUAAUAUAAAAAAAUAAAAGAGUGAAAAAAUAGCUAGUAUUUCUAUGAGAUUUCAAGAGCACAACAUAUGUAGGUUUUAGUGAGAACCUACAUCACAUUUUUGUUUAGGUAGUGCAAAGAUAUGUGAAACUUGGGGAUUUAUGGCAGCUGUAAAAACCUAAAACAAAUAAAAAAAAAUAAGUGUGUUUUAAUGUUUUUGAUUAUUUUUGUUUAGAUUUUUAAAUGGAUUAUCUAUACAGUGCAUUAAAAGAAACGCAUCUAUACCAACAUGGAGUGAAAAUAAAUAAAUAAAAAAUCACUCAAAAUUGUUACUACGUAAUGCAAUCACUGUGUUAAUGAGGUUUUAACAAGUCACAUUUUACUUAUUUACCAACAGGAUACACUCCAAAUCAAAAUGGAGUACUAUUUCAAAGAGAAUGUGAAAAAAUCCGAAACUGUGUGCAGGAUAACCCUCGAGAACCUGUGUAAAUUCAUGGAGGUCAAGCUAUCAAGGGGUCAAUACAUGAGACCCGGGGGACAUCAACAAUUUGUGGCAGACAAAGAAUGGAUACAAGAAGAAUUCAGUAAGAAAUCAGGGAAAGAGAUGAAGGUACAUCUGUUAAACCACAUGUUGGCUGCUAAAAUAACUCUUUUAGAAAUCUAUGCAUAGAGGAAUUAUUGAAAUUCAACACAGUUUGCUAGGCCUAGCUAUGAGGGAGUAUUUAAAACAAAAAUAUCCAUAUACAAUAAUUUCAGACCUAUAUGGAUAGGUUAGGGAUAGCAUUAGGGCUUUGGGGCUUUAUUUUAUAGCAGCGGAAGAAUGAAAAUCAGGGACUAGUUACCUUUCAGCAGGUCUAAAUGCAGGCUUUCUGAAUAAUCUUGUAACGUUUCAUUAUGAUGAAUCACACUUCCCAUACUUGGUAAUCAUAAACCAUAACAAUGUAAACCAUGGCUGGUGUUUGGAAUGUUAAAAUACAUUUAAAAUUCAGAGCUAAUCUAUAGAUGUGGUUUGCUUUUUCAAAUUCUCUUCAUUAUCUAAGCUUGGCUUGGCUUCAUUUAUAUUUUCUCCAGUACACCCCAAAACAUUCUUGGAUAAAAUUAUUUGUUUUAAUGGUAUUUCAAAAUUUUUGUUCCUUAAAUGAAAGGCCACUGAGGUUCUGCAGGAUUUCCUCAAUCAGAAAAAAGAUGUUGAAGUGGCAAUCUUGCAGGUUGACUACACUCUCAAAGAGAAUGAAAAGAAGAUUGCAGGUGAGAGAACAGAUGUUUUGGGGAGAUAUCAACAACCCAGAAGCACUGAAUGUCGGUGAAGUAUCUGGAUCAGAGUUACAGCAUUGUUGUAUUCUACGCAUUCUGUAGAUACUGAAGAUACUGUAAAACAUUGCAUGCAUGGGAAAAUAGAUAGAUGGUAUUGGGUAUGAUUGAAGCACUCAGUGUAGGGGAAAGAUGAAAGCAGAAUGCUGUAGAGUGCUGUAGAUGUUCAGUGUAGGGAUUGAUGGAAAUCGAAUAAAAGCACUAAGGAUAAGAAAGAGGAAGGUUAGAAAAGUGAUAACUUUCCCUUAUAACAGAGAUUUAGGGACAGUAAUGGGCUCCCAAUAGGUGCGCUGACCAUUUGAUUCAUCGGUUUUGUGGCUUUGCACUUCAGCAGCAUUAUGUCAUGCUUUGUAAAGUAGUUGUUCUAGAGGAAAAUAAUCAGGCUCAGAGGUGCACUGGUGUGAUACAGAAAAACAGAAUCGUAAAAAUGAUUUUCAAUAAUUAUUUAAGUUAUUAUUUUUUUGUUUUAAUUUUCACAACUUCAAACAUCAGAGCAGCAAGCAGAGAAAGAGGCAGCAGAGAGGGCUAUGGAAAACUUCCAAAAGGAACGUGAAGAGAUGAGAAAAUUGAUGAAAGAACAGCAAAGAAAUUAUGAACAGCAUGAGAAGAUGUUAAUUGAGAAACUGAGACACGAAAACCAGAAGGCAAUCCAAGAGAAUGAACGGAUAUUAAAACAAAUGUUUCAGGUAGAAACAUAUUUUCAAUAAUAGUGUAAUAUGACAACUAACAAAACGAAAAUAGGGAAUGACGUAACACAAAUCAUAUUAAAGAUACCAAAUAAAUGUGGGCAGCUACACACCUAGGAGAGCGACUUGAAAGAAGAUUAAUAUUCAAAAAGUAUUAGUGUGUGCGCUCCUAUUGAUAAAGUGUGAACCAAUAAUAUAUAAUAGUAAUAUUUAAUAUAUAUACACACAGACAACAGUAAUUGAUAAACUAUAACUCUUAAUAAUAAAAACCCCCACUAUAUAAGUAUAUAAUAGAAAUAUAAAAACCUGCAAGGGGAGUAAGCAUUUAGGCAAUAAUAAAAAACACUAUACAGGUACCAUGAAUGAACAUAAAAUAAAUUCUGAUUGCAAUGCUGUAAAUAAACAACCGCAGUCACAGAAAUAGAGAGCCAAAAAAUGUAUCACAAUGUAGAAUAAAAUUAUUGAUAGUUUAGCAUAACACUGUUACAAGCAAACAGCUCAAAAAUGUAGGCUGUAGCACUACCCUCCCAAAAAGGAAGGAAGGGUUUUAUCACCUAAGUGGUGAACCAACACUGGGUCUAUAAAACCCCCAAAAAAGGAAAACAGUGUCUUAAACUUUAAAAUAUUUAAAUUAAAUUAAACUAAGGAUUGAAUAAUUUGCAUGGGGCUCUAAAUGUGUUAUGUGCUUGAGACUUACAACAUACCCUACAAUGGAUACAUCCAAACACGCAUCAAUGUAAACUAGAUAUGUAUUUAGAUGUAUUCAGAGAAGGCUUGUAGCGGAGACCUGGUAUUUCACAGGUUAUCUCCACUAAAGAUACCAGUGAGGCUCAGGAACAAGUAGUAAAAAUACCAUAGAGUGAUAAUCCCAGCAAACAAGGUAAUCCACGAAUAUCCCCAUACAGAUCCCAAUGACUGGACGACACACAGCAUCAGGAGCAGAACUGACCUUUAAUCCACACAACCUCCUUAUAAAGCAUUCUACCAUGCAAGGGAGGGAUUCAUCAUAAUUAGGACAGUAACCAAUAAUGUCACAGUUACCUCCCACACAUCUCCUCGCCUCAGUGUGACACAUAAUCCCAUUAUACAUGCUGCAGUUUUCCCCGAGUUCUGGAUGUACCCCAAAACAGUUAGGUACAAUGGGCUAAGUGGCACCCCCUAGUAGCCCUGAUCCGGAUGACCAACAUAUCCAAAAUUCACCCAGAUCAGACCAGGGGUUCUGGAGUUAUGUGGAAGGGACAAUUUGACCGACCACACGAGGUGGUAGCCGAAAAGGGUUCCAUGUGUUUUGGCCCUGCGGUUGGUCUCCGUUCAGGAGGUAAAAUACACAUAAAAACCUGACAUCCACGAUUAACAUUGCAUUCGCAUGAAUUCCCUUGUUCGGUACUUUUAACUCACCGAACGGGGGGCUGAUUAGCCUUCCCGUUCGGGAGUUACAGAGCCCUGGAGGUCUCAGCCUGGACCGCCACUGUUCGUGGGUUUUGCCCUUCUUUGUUAUGUGUGUUACUUGUAUAUUCGUGUGCUGUGCCUGUUUCCCAUUCGGGAGUGCUUCCACAAAGGGAAUUCAUUCGCCUCCCGAAUGGGACCACCCCAAUGAAUCACUUAUGGGACCUGGGAAGAAGACCCCCCCUGUCACCAGAAGUGGGAACAUUUGGGUGGUGGGAACAGGUUACUCUGUACUUUUAACUCCCAGAACGGGGGGCUGAUUAGCCUUCCCGCUCGGGAGUUACGGAGCCCUGGAGGUCUCAGCAGUGUUCAGGUAAUUGAGUGUCCGAUUUGAGUUCCAGAUGCCGAAUGGCGGCCACCCAGAUACAUGCACAAAGUACCAAUUAACCUGCGGUUAGAGAAGUGUGAAGCCUAAUAAGGUGCACACUUCUCUCUGGGGUGGUCUACUGGUUCGGUAGUUUUCAUUCGUAUUCCAUAUGGAUGAAAACUACCGAACAAUCAUACGAAUACUACAUCAAUUUUUAACUAUACAGCAGAAUAAACACACAAAUUGCAGUUUAACACAGUCUUUUAGGACAGCCUUAAUACCAUCCGCUACACUGCUCCCCCUUGCCCACAAGCCGGCAUACACAGUCUGAUCCAACACUGAUCGGCUUGGGGAUGUCCGGGGAUGCUCACGGAUCAUUUCUCCAGGUCUGUUUGUCUCGACAACCCGUCAGCAUUCCCAUUCUGUUUCCCCGGGCGGUACUGAAUGUUAAAGUCAAAGGGCUGCAGCGCUAAACUCCAGUGCAGCAGCCUGGCAUUGUCCCCAGCCACCCGGUUCAGCCAUACUAACGGGUUGUGAUCCGUGAGCAAUGAAAAGGGCUGUCCAUACAAAUACGGCUGCAAUUUCUUCAGGGCCCACACCACAGCCAGGCAUUCCUUCUCGAUAGCGGCGUAGCUCACUUCUCUGGGUAGUAACUUGUGACUGAUGUAAGCCACGGGAUGUUCUCCGCCUUCGGCCCCGACUUGGCUCAGUACUGCCCCCAAUCCAAACAUAGAAGCGUCUGAACCUCCGGUAGUGUGUUGUGGUCUUGGGUGCGGGCCUGUUGUCAGGUGACCAUGGGAUGAGCUUCCCCUGUGGUUGGGGUCUGGGGCUCAAAAGCAGACGUGAGCCUUCCCAGAUCAUUCCCAAGCAAAACUUCCAUGGGCAAUUGCGGCAUCAACCCCACUUCCACGUUUCCUGACCCCCAAUGUAGAUGAACCCUUGCUGUAGGUAGCCGGUAUACUGCUCCCCCGGCUACGCUGACGGCUACAGUCUUGCUUGUCUUGGCUUUAUCCGAGACUAGGUGACUCUUGACCAGGGUUAUAGUGGCUCCUGAGUCGCGGAGUCCUUGGACAGCUUUACCCUCCAAAUAUACGGUUUGUCUGUGAUGCUGGCGGUUGUCGGUAUUGGCAUGUACGGGAUCUGCUUCGUGUAGCACUUCCCACUGUUCCAUGGUGGUGAUUGGAACUGCUGACCCAGAGGGUGUUGUGCUCUCAUCCUGGUAUUAGUGAGUGGCUGCUCUCGUUGGUGGUGGUGGUCCCGGUCGGAUCCAGGUGGAUCAGUCUCUAAGUUGUGGGCAUUCUCGCUUGUAAUGUCCCCACUUCUGGCAGUGGUGACAUUGCACAGAGCCGGGCUGCCGGAAUCUCGGUGGGGCAGCAGUUGGUGGGGGUGGUAGUUGUCGGGGUGGUGCUACUGUGUUGUUGGGGUAGCUUGCCCCCCCUAAGGGCCUUACAGCGGUCUUGAUAACUACAGGUUUUUGUUGCCUACGAGCAUCCAUGUAGUCAUAUGCUUUUCUAGCUGCCUCCGUGAGGGAUGUAGGGUUGUCGUCCAUUUACCCAUUCCUGGACAUCUGCUGGUACUCCCUCAAAAAAUUGUUCCAACAGCACCAUUUGUAAUAUGUCCUCCAUGGACCGUGCUUUGUUAGCCUGUACCCAUCCAAGAGCCGCCCGCAGUAGUCUACAAGCCCAUUCUGCAUGGGAGUCUUUUUCUGCCUUCUUUAGUUCCCUGAACAGCCUUCGGUAUGCCUCUGGUGUGAUGGCAUACCGAGCCAAUAUAAUUUCUUUUACCCGACGGUAGUCACAAAUGUUGCCAUCAGGUACAGUACGGUAAGUUUCUGCUGCUCUCCCGGUUAAUCGCCCAGCUAAAAUGGGGACCCAAUCUUCUGAGUUGAUGUUAUGCAAGGCACACAGUCUUUCAAAAUCUUGCAGGAAAGCAUCUAUAUCUUCCUAUGCCUCCACAUACAUUUUAAAUGCCUGGUACGGUAUUUUUGGCUUACCCUCUGGCAUCCUGUUUACUGUUGAGCUGCGUUCUGGGGUUGCCGUUACCCUUUGCCUCAGCAUGAACUCCUGGACUUCUGUCAUUGUCUUGGAGAUGAUCUCUGCCGGUGGGUUCUCUCCAUUAAAAGACAGCCUAAAUUGCAGCUGCCUCUGGAACUCCAUUUGUUCCUGUCUUUCUGCCGAAUCACUAUGUUCGGAAACUGAACUGCCAUCUGUUCAGUAUUCCGCCAUUAGUUCGGUAAUGAGUACAGCUUUCGUUUUAUUGCUGGCUUGAUUGCCCCUUGCUUCCAGGAGGUCUUUAAUCGUGGAGCAUUUUAGUGUAGAAUAGUCAAUCUCCAUCCGUACUCCAUUGCUACUUGUUCCUCUGUGAGUCUGGAUCCCACUGCUGCCACCAAUGUAGCGGAGUCCUGGUAUUUCACAGGUUAACUCCACUAAAGAUCCCAGUGAGGCUCAGGAACAUGUAGUAAAAAUACCAUACAGUAAUAAUCCCAGCAAACAAGGUAAUCCACGAAUAUCCCCAUACAGAUCCCAAUGACUGGAACACACACAGCAUCAGGAGCAGAACUGACCUUUAAUCCGCACAACCUCCUUAUAAAGCAUUCAUCAUAACUAGGACAGUAACCAAUAAUGUCACAGUUACCUCCCACACAUCUCCUCCCCUCAGUGUGACACAUAAUCCCAUUAUACAUGCUGCAGUUUCCCCCGAAUUCUGGAUGUACCCCAAAACAGUUAGGUACAAUGGGCUAAGUGGCACCCCCUGGUAGCCCUGAUCUGGGUGACCAACAUAUCCAAAAUUCACCCAGAUCAGACCAGGGGUUCGGGAGUUAUGUGGAAGGGACAAUUUGACCGACCGCACACGAGGUGGUAGCCAAAAAGGGUUCCAUGUGUUUUGGCCCUGCGGUCGGUCUCCAUUCAGGAGGUAAAAUACACAUAAAAACCUGACAUCCACGAUUAACAUUGCAUUCGCAUAAAUUCCCUUGUUCGGUACUUUUAACUCACCGAACGGGGGGCUGAUUAACCUUCCCGUUCGGGAGUUACAGAGCCCUGGAGGUCUCAGCCUGGACCGCCACUGUUCGUGGGUUUUGCCCUUCUUUGUUAUGUGUGUUACUUGUAUAUUCGUGUGCUGUGCCUGUUUCCCAUUCGGGAGUGCUUCCACAAAGGGAAUUCAUUCGCCUCCCGAAUGGGACCACCCCAAUGAAUCACUUAUGGGACCUGGGAAGAAGAACCCCCCUGUCACCAGAAGUGGGAACAUUUGGGUGGUGGGAACAGGUUACAAAGGGGAUUCUGGGAAGGCGACUUUCUGUUACCAGAAGUGGGAAGCCUGUGGUUGGGUGGCGGGAACAGGGGACAAAGAGACUGGAGUUCUGUUUCCGCAAUACGACCCCUGGGAGGGGGAGGACCAUGGGAGGGGACACUGUCAUUGUGUGGUGUACACCCCAUUCCAGGGGGUUUUGCAUAAAAGCCGAGUGUGGCAAAUAAAGUGUUGUUGUACCUCCAGAACUGUGUCUCGUCCAGUUACUGCAGGAAAAUGGGUCUCUGUAUAUUCUAAAUGGUUCCUGAUUGGCUGAAGAAAGGGAGGUAAUCGGUCAGGUUACCAGGUGGUCCGCUACACAUGACAUGUAAGAAUUACUCAAUUGGUAAGCAUUUCAAACACAUUGAGAUAGGGUGCUUCUUUAUAGAUAUGGAGAGAAAAACAUGUAGCAAGAGAGAUGAGAACAGACAACAGCUCAAUUAGCCUGCCCUUCGGUAGGUCCCUGCUCAGAUCUCAAGCUGGUUUUAGCACUGUCCGUUCAGCUCGCAUCUACCCCAUGGAUAGAAGAAUCCAUGUCUUUUUUGCCCCCCUAUCAUCCAUGUCUCUGUUCCUCUCCCUUUCAUGUCUUUUCUCCCCCUACUUCCAUGUCCUGAAUGUCAUUUGUAUUAUAUGCAGUGUGUGUAUCGAAUACAUUGUGUGUGUGUGUGUGUGUGUGUGCGUAGUGGAUGUGCAUGUAGUAGUGUCUGUGUAGUGCAUAUAGUGUUGAAUAAGUGCUGGGUAGUGAGCCAUUUAAAUUAAUUUGAGCUUAAAGGGACACUAUAAUCACCAGAAGAACUACAGCUUAUUGAAUUUUUUUCUUCUGAGUAGAAUCAUUACCUUAAGGCUUUUUGCUGUAAACACUGUCUUUUCAGAGAAAAUGCAGUGUUUACAUUACAGCCUAGUGAUGACUUCACUGGCCACUCCUUAGAUGGCUGUUAGAAAUCCUUCCAGUGGCGUACAUACCAGGGUCGCAGGGGUCGCGGCUGCGACCAGGCCCAGCCCACCAGGGGGCCGGGCCGCCCCUGCGACCCGGUAUGCACCCACAGGGUGCGCGAGGGAGCUGAAGAGGAAGCACAGAGGGGAGAGUGCUCCCUCGCGCGCCGGCCACCCAGACAGCCAGCGCGCCCGUCCAGCAGCACCACUGGACCCCAGGGAUUAAAUGUUUGUGUGUUAGUGUGUGUGUGUGUGUUAGUGUGUGUGUCAGUGAGUGUGUCUGUUAUUGGGUGUGUGUCUGCUAGUGGGUGUGUUACUGUGUGUGUCUGUUACUGAGUGUGUUUGAUGUCUGUUAGUAAGUGUGUGUUUGUCAGUGAAAGUGUAUGUUUUGUAAGUGAGUAUGUAUGUCUGUCGUUGAGUGUGUCUCUGUCAGUAAAUGUAUGUGUCUGUUAGCUAGUGUGUAUGCGUCUGUUCGUGAAAGUGUGUGUGUCUUCAGCAUUUACCUUUCUCCAGCGUCGGACUCCCUUGGCGCUGGGGAUCCCUCCGCCUCUCAGCUCCGAAUGCACAUGCACGGCAAGAGGCGCGCGCGCAUUUAAACCACCCAUAGGAAAGCAUUACUCAAUGCUUUCCUAUGGACGUUCAGUGUCUUCUCACUGUGAUUUUCACAGUGAGAAUCGCAGAAGCUCCUCUAGCAGCUGUCAAUGAGACAGCCACCAGAGGCUGGAUUAACCCUCAGUGAAACAUAGCCAUUUCUCUGAAACUGCUAUGUUUUCAGCUGCAGGGUUAAAACUAGAGGGACCUGGCACCCAGACCACUUCAUUGAGCUGAUGUGAUCUGGGUGUCUGUAGUGGUCCUUUAAGUGUGUGUGCAUACUGCGGUCGCGGGGUCGCAGCCCUGCAACCCCUGCGACCAGGUGCCCGCCGCUAUGUGUUGCGCGGGGGGGGGGAGGGCACGGAUCAAUUUUCACACCGGGGCCCCAUGGGUCAUGUGUACGCCACUGGAUCCUUCCUGGGUCAUGGCUGCCUAAAAUACAUCCAAACGUUCAGUAUCUCCACCCUCUGCAUGCAGACACUGAACUUUCCUCAAAGAGAUGCAUUGAUUCAAUUCAUCUCUAUGUGGAGAUGCUGAUUGGCCAGGGCUGUGUUUGAAUUGAGCUGGCUCUGCCCCGAUCUGCCUCUUUGUCAGUCUCAGCCAAUGCUAUGGGGAAGCAUUGUGAUUGGAUCAGGCUACCACUUCUGCUGAUGUCAGCACGCAGUGGGCAGAUCAAAAGGGAACAGGGACAAAGCCUGCAGCUUCAGGCUUAAAUACAAGUAAGAUUUUCCUAUUUAGAGAGGCAUGAGGGGAACGGGGGGGAGGCUAGAUGGUGGUUUUAACCAUAUAGGGUCAGGAAUACAUGUUUGUGUUUCUGACCCUAUAGUGCUCAUUUAACUACCCUCCCUGCCUUGUACCUAUGGGCUGGAAAGGGAGGGACAGUGUGUACAAAGGUGACAGUAUAGGGGGGCAGUGUGUAGGAAGGUGACAGUAUGGGGUGCCGUAUGUAGGAAGGUGACAGUGUGGGGGGGGAACUCUGUUGGAUGUUGACAGUGUGGGGGGCAGUGUGUGGGGAUAACAGUGUGGAUGGACAGAUUAACAGACAUCAUGCUCUCACUGAUACACACUUACUGACAGUCAUUGUUUCACACACUGUUUAACUAAUACACACGUUCACUGACAGACACACACUGACAUGAACACACUCUCAGAGACACAUGCACUCAGUGAAAUACACACAUUCACUGACAGACACAAAUACACUCAAUGACAGACAUACACACACCCACACACACACACACACUCACUCACUCACUCACACAUUCACUGGCAGACACACACACAUUCUCUCACACACACACUCACAAAUUACUAAUAUUAUUUUAGUUUGUCCACCCAGCCUCCCUACCUUUGGGAGAGCUGGAGUGGAUCUGUACCUGGGGUCCAGUGAGGCUGCUGUGAGCACAUCAGAGGCGGCGAGGGAGCUGUAAUCCUCCUACUCUGCUCCCUCGCAAGAUGGAUACUGAUGCAGGGAGCCAGAAUAUGACAUCAUAUUCUGGCUUCCAGCAUCAGUAGAUGGCCUUGGGGGUCCAUAAACUGCUUCCUCCAAAAGAGGAGGAAGCACUGGGUAUGUCCAUGUGGGCACUUUGGGAUAGAUAGAGCCAGGGCCGGCCUUGGCCUUUAGGCACCCUGUGCAAAACAAAUCACACACACAGGUUUACAGUCACACACAGGCAGAGUGUGAUGCGCACACAGUUAAGUGACACAGAGACACACAGUCACACACACACAGACAUACAGUCACACACAGAGGCACACACACAUACAGCCACACACACACAGUUACAGUCACACAUAGGCACAGAGGCAGACAGUCUCUCCCUUACACACACACACACACACAGACAGAGGCAGACAGUCAUACACACACACUUACAGUAACACACAUAGGCACACAGUCACACACAUUUACAGUCACACAUAGACACAUACACACACACACAGAGGCAGACAGUCAUACACACACACACACAGGCACACAGUCACACACAUAGUUACAGUCACACACACACACAUUUACAAUCACACAUAGGCACAGAGGCAGACAGUCACACACACACACACAUUUACAGUCACACAUAGACACACACACACACACAGAGGCAGACAGUCAUACACACACACACGGUUACAGUCACACAUAUGUACACAACCACACAGUUACACACACACACACACACACACACACAUUUAUAGUCACACAAAGGCACAGAGGCAGACAGUCUCACACAAACACAGAGGCAGACAGUCACACACACACACACACACACAGUCACACACACAUAGGCACACAGUCACACACACAUUUACAGUCACAAAUAGACACACACACACACACACACACACACAGAGGCAGACAGUCAUACACACACACAGGCUUACAGUCACACAUAGGCAGAGUGUGAUGCGCGCACAGUUACAGUGACACAGAGGCACACAGUCACACACACAGAGACAUACAGUCACACACACACACAGAGGCACACACACAUACAGUCACACAGCCACACACACACAGUUACAGUCACACAUAGGCACACAGCCACACAGACAGAGCCAGACAGUCACACACUCAAAGUUACACACACACACACACACACACACACACACAGGCAGACACAUAUGCACACAACCACACAGAAAGAGGCAGACAAUCACAAAUACAUAGUUACAGUCUCAAACACACACACACACACACACAAACAUUUACAGUCACACAGAGGCAGACAGUCACACACACAGAGGCAGACAGUCUCUCUCACACACACAGACACAGACACAGACACACACACACAUUUACAGUCACACACACACAUGCAGACAGUCAUACACGCACACACACUUACAGUCACACACAGGCAGACAGUCAAACACUUAGGUCAGACAGCCACACACACACACACAGAGGCAGACAGCCACACACAGAGACAGACACAGUCACACACAGUUACAGUCACACACACACACACACACACUGGAGUGGAGGAAGUGCAGCUCCUGGAGUCUGAAUAUUGGGGAAGGAGUUACCCCACCAUAAUUUGGCCCUGCCACGUGGUAAGUCAUGCCCUGGCCACAAUGUGUUUUUCUUUUCUUAUUUAUUAAUCUCGGGUAGAGGAUUAAUUAUUUUCCACCAGGGAUUAUUAAAAAAACAAACACAUUUCCCUUGCCUGCAUUUUGAGGGGCACGGCAUGAUUUAGGGGCGGGCCAUGGUCCCCUCUGGCCCCCUGCUAGUGAUGCCACUGAACAGGGCUCAUUAGAAGGGUUCAGAGAUCAUUAGUGAACAUAUUGUAGGCAAAAAGCAGCUUGCAAUGUCCUAUAUCUAUUACAGCCUUAGACCGCAGGGAAGUCAACCUCCUGCAUCCAAAAGGUAGGAAAGAGUGGCUAAAAGAUGUACAUUUUGCAUGUGUGUAUCUGUAUAUCUAUCUGUGUGUCUGUAUGUUUGUAUGUGUAUCUGUGUAUCUAUGUGUCUGUAUGUGUGUCUGCGUAUCUAUCUGUGUGUCUAUACGUGUAUCUGAGUGUCUGUAUGUAUAUCUAUCUGUGUGUCUGUAUAUUUGUAUGUGUAUCUGUGUAUCUAUCUGAGUGUCUGUAUGUGUAUCUAUCUGUGUGUCAGUAUGUGUAUCUGUACAUCUGUGUAUCUGUAGCGGACUGCCUGGCAACCGGACCGGGUGCCUCCGCCAAUCAAUGCUUUUAGUGCUCGAGUACUCCAAACACUCCACCAGACACCGUCAGCACUGUAGUCCCCACUUCCAGUGUUACAGCUUGGUUGGUCUCUCGCCGUCCUCCACCAGCCCUGGACCCAAGACCAGGAUUCAGCUUCCAGUGGGUAGAACUUUCAUACUCCAGAGAGUGUAGCAGGGUGCUCUUACAAGAGCAAGUGAUUAUAACCCAUGGGAACCCACCCCACUGAGUAGAGGAGUACCCUCCACUUAAUAACUCAGAGACAUGAAAUAAAUACAGACAUGGAAAUACACACUGUAUUGUGGUUAAAGAGAUACACAUAUAACAGCAGAAAUAACAAUGCAGUUCCUGGCUAAUGUUAAACACAGUCACAAGAACAUCAAGAACAGUUAAACUCCUGCAGGUAAAUUAUGUGCACAACAUUGGGGCCCUUAGGUGUAGGUAGCGCAACCCAGAUACAGUUAUAAGGGAGAAUCCUGAAGCAAUCUCUGGAGACAGUACCUUUGAGUGACUUCUGUAACUGCAGAUAUUUCCAGAGAGAUCCAGCGGAAGGUAGGACAGCAGCCGGACAGCAAUGGCAAUCCUUUCUCUUCCUUCUGCUGACAGGAUGCAAGAGCUCAUUCACACUCCUGCAGAAAGUUCCAGAAUCUGCAGGGAGCUGAUCAUUAAAUAACAGUCUUCUAAGUCUCCUAGCAGAGCGGUACACAGUCUAUAACUUCUUGUAGUUGCAGUGCAUUAGCCUUCCCCUGUUAUUAUUUCACUGUCCCAGCAGUAACAGACCAUUGAAACAGGUAGGAGCACACUUUGUUUAAGCAGACUCCGAGAACAUGGCUUCUCCCCUGUCCUCUUCUUUCUGCCAUCCUAACCCUUCCUCCUCACAUGACAGGACAAUGUUCAAUAUCUCAAAACUCAAAGUAAAAAUAGCAAAAUAUAGCAGUCUGUUACAUCAAUAUAAAACAAGAGACCAUAUAGUGUAAUACAUUCAUAAAACUCAAAAUAAAAAUAGAUUCAAGGUUAAACUCACAAAUCCAAAUAUGGAAAAGGGCUCAUCAAAUAAUAAUGGUAUCCUCUGCUCUGUGCUGUUGAACUGUAUCUUCAUACAUACAUAUAAAGAAAAUAAAAAACAGCCAUAGUGCCACACUGUAAUUAAAAUAAUUAUGUUUCCUUUUAACAGACUUGCUCAGGGAAAUCCAGAGAAAUGCAGCAUACAAUAGUUAAUCACAACACAAACCCUUACAAAGACCAUAAAGUUAAUCAUGUGUCCUGUUUCCUCCAAUCCUGGGCUCUGAUGCCCAGCUGUCAGAUUUAAAAUUUGCGCCCUAAUUCUGUCCUGAAUUCAGAUUUCCAUGUGGAACGCACCUGCAUUCCACAUACGUAACUUCCUAUGUCUGAUUCCCAUUGGCUAUGGUACGUCCCUCUUCCGAAUGUAUUUUGUCUCAUGGAAUGCUCCUGCGUUCCACCAAUAGCCCGUGGUGUAAGUUCCUCUUCCGGAUGUGUUUCGCAUAUGCGUUCCACCGACAUCACUUUCUGGUUCAAGGAACGCUCCUGCAUUCCAGAAGACAGGGAAUUCAGAAAAGUCUUGGUUAUCCCUGGGAUCUUUAGUUUCAUGUCUCUGGCUAGAGACUAUAGUUACAUGUAAGACACUAUAGUUAUUUUGACAUAAUUCCAAUGGUUUAAUGUGCUAAUUUCUGUAACAUUUACUGACUUUUAAUAGCUACACUACACUGUUUUGUUCCCAUUGUACUUUGCUACCUAGUAAGCUUUCAUCAUUCAGUCUUACGAGCUCCCAACUAUCGCUGUUACAGUCCAUAAUGAAUGUGGCGGCGAGGCUCAUCUUCCUGUCCGCCCGCACCUCCCAUGCCUCAGCCUUCUGUCAGUCCCUACAUUGGCUUCCUAUAAAAUAUAGAGCUCAAAUUAAAUUCUGUUUUUUGCUUUCAAAUCGCUACAUAAUGCUGCUCCCACCUAUCUAUCCUCCCUUAUACACAAGUAUGUCCCGUCUAGGCCCUUGCGAUCUGCUGAAGAUUUACGUCUAUCUUCUGUCCGUACUCCCACCUCUGAUGCUCGCCUUCAAGACUUCUCAAGGGCUGCACCGUUCCUGUGGAACUCACUUCCCUCCUCCGUUAGAUGCUCACCCAGUCUCCACUCAUUCUAAAAAUCAUUAGUCUAAUACUAUCCUUACCUUUUGUGUCACUUUACCCCACUCCCUCUAGCAUGUAAGCCCAUUGAACAGGGCCCUCAACCCCUCUGUUCCUGUGUGUCCAGCUUGUCUGCUUACAACUACAUGUCUGUUCGUCCACCCACUGUAAAGCGCUGCGGAAUUUGUUGGCGCUAUAUAAAUAUUAACAUAAUAAUAAUAAUUCAUGUAGGAGGAGGCUUAGCCAAUCUUAGUAAAUAUGGUGCUAGCCAAAUUACUAGCAAAUGUAUGGAUGAUAAGAUUUUUUUUGACCAAGUUGGGCUUUACUGCUAGGUAGGGUAAACACUUACUCGUUAGGGUAGAGGGAGCUGGCAGGAUACAGCAUAUUAUUUCAAUUCUUUAUUUUUCUCUUUUAGGAGCGUCAAAAAGCAAUUGCAGCAGGAUUCUAUGAAAACAUUGAGGUUCUGCAGAAACAGAUUCAGACUUUGCAAGCAGAAAAUCAAAGAAGGAAAAAAAAACAUUGCUCAAUCUCUUAAAACGUUUCUUUUCAUAUUUAAUCCUGAACAUAUCUAUUUUUGUUCAUGUAAAUUUGUGUUUAGUGCUUGGAUAACUUAACAAGAGCGUUCUGAGUCAAAGGAAGUGAAUCAUUGUGUAAAACAUCUACCUGUCUUCUUCAAACAUUUUGUAAGAACUUGUGUCUGACCUUAAGCUCAUAGAAACACUGUUUUGAAAUGUGAGAUAUUAAAUUAAGCCUUUUGUUGCUCCGAUGUGAGAAGAUUAUAGCAUGCAUAAACACAACAUCAAUCUCCAUGUGUCUGUGUGUUAAUGAAAUUAUAUUAGAUGACAUUAUGACUAUGUUACUUGUAGCUCCUUACGUGGUUAACUCCAUGUUUGGCUGAUGUAGAAUAAUAAUAAUCUCUUGAAAGCUUGUUCCAAAAUUCUGUUAGUCCAAAUUAAAAAUAUAUGGCACUACACUAUGAUUAGUUAUUUUUUAUUUCACUGGAUUAAUACAUCUACUAUUUCAACUUUAGUACAUGGUUGAUGAUAUAUAGCAAUUAUUAAUAUUAACUUAACCAAAACAGUUUCUAGAAUAGACAAGGGACAAUAAACCACUUCCUGCAUUGACCCAACUUAUUAAAAGAGAUAUUUUAAAAUAAAAACACAUAUAAGCUAACCUAUUUAGAUAUUGCUAUUUAAUAAAUAAAAAAAAAUUCCUUUAUAAAACAGGUGAAAUUUCCUUUAAUGCUUUCAGGAUAAUACUCUCAUAAUAUUGUAAAGUGAUACGUAAUCUGUUGGCGCUGUAUAAAUGGCCAUAAUAAUAAUAAUAAUAAUAAAAAUAAUAAUGAAAGAUCAAAAUUUAAAUAAUCACAAAAAGAUUAAAAUAACAAGUGUUUGGUGAUUAUAAAAUAAGAAACAUAGGCCUCGACUUAAUUCGCUCUCUAAAUGAUUUAAUAAUAUUAGAAAAUCUUUCUAAACACUUUACUGUAUCUAUUGAAGACACCAUUAAAGUUUUGAAGAUAUAUAAUUUGGUAAGUUUUUGUUAAGGUAUUGAAUCAUUUGAUAAGCUUGUUAAAUCAAAGCCAUAAUGCAAAAGUCUUCACAACUCAAAUUGCAUUUUAUGCUCAGAACUCAUGUGUUUUUAAAAUGUUUGCAUAUUUACAGAAGACAAAAGAUAAAAUAAUUUUGAACAUAUGCAGCAAUAUAAUAACAACUUAUAUUGUUAUAUGAAACAGGGGCAUUGCUAGGGUCAAAAACCACCUGGGGCCUGGAACCCAAAAAUAAUUUGGUGAUACCUUGUUUAAACCCCACACUUUGCCGCUCUACAAAAUCCACCUCCCCGAUUACUAUUUAAUUUACCUCUUGGCACACUCACAGUUACUUACAGACACACACACUAAAGGAAAAUGUGUGGUAUAUCAAUAAAUAUUACAAAAACUGGGGGGAGGGCAGCUCAGAGACAGUGUUUUAUUAUGAAAAUAUAAAGUUCACUUAGAAAUGAUAGUUUUCAAGCUACACAGUUUUGUAAAAACCCAGUAGAAACAGGUCUUCAUUUAUCAAAAAUAAAAGAAAUUUCGUCGUGUAGCUCAGUUAUUCCUUUGAAUUUAUUUUGUAUCUUCUCAUUGAAAUGUUAAUGUUUUAAAACGAUGUGGAAAAAGAUCAAAAUUCUAAUGAACUCUUUCAGUUCUGCUGUGGAGAGCAGAGAAAUUAACAUAAUUAAAUGGACCCCAGUAUUACAGACAGGAGAAUCUUAGUACUACUUGCAGGCUCCUUGCUAUGAGUGUGCCCUUCACAAGAAGCCUACAUUAUCAAGUUAGUAUAACAACCUUAUUUGUGAGAUUUGAUUGCAAAUGCAAAAAACAAUGAUUUGAAUACAGGGUGUGCAGUUAUUCUAUGAUUUAUUAUUUCUAAGGAUGCAGAGUUGUAAAUAGGUAAACCUCACACAUUUAUGCCAAUAUUAAUAAAAAUGUUCUACAAGCAGGACAGGAUCCUUGCACCAUAACCACUACAGUAAGCCAAAGUAAUUAUGGCACUUUGAGUUUCUAUUGAGGUGUAUAAAAGCAAAGGAGAAAACAUUUUAGCUAAUAUAUAAUUCAAACAUUCCCAAAAGAAUUGUAUUCACAACAAGUUCAAGCAUAGUGGCACACCAGUGCAAUUUCUGGUAUUUCAUAUAGAGAAGGCCAAACAUUUGGAUAUAUUGAUUUAUGAAUUUAAAUCUGUACAUCGUUGAAUUUUGAUCACCUUCCUCUUCUUUGACAGCAUUGCAGGGGUUACACGUGCAAGUGAUUAAAUCCUCUCUUUGUUUGCUUAAACACUUCCUUGUAGUGAAGUAAACCCUGCAAAAGAAAAGAGAACAUAAUUGUAACUGGUCACACAAGGAGGAAAUGAUAGGCAGAAGCCUAAAGAAAAAAAUUACAGCAACGUCUAACUGAGAACAAAGUACUGUGUUACUAAGAAAUCUGAGUUUGUUAUUCAAAACCCUUAAAUGAGUAAACACAUAAUUACCAUUGAAAAUCGGAGAGUGUAAAACAGACAAUGUAGCUUGCAUAGAAUACCAGAGGCCAGUGUCCAGUUGUAGUUGAUUGGCAGUCCUGGAGUGCAACACAAUACAACUCAAGAUAGGUAUGGCUGUGUGCGUAAAGUUUAUUUUGAUUGGAACGUAAGUAAUGAUUGGCAGCUGAGUGUUAAAAUAGUUAAAUUCUAUCAACAGUUUAUAACCGGAACCCAGCAAAUCCAUUCUCUUCUGGUGGCAUUACAAUUCUAGGUUGGACGUCUAAAGAUGCAUUAUACAAUCGUACAGCUUUUUUACCUCUUGGUCAGUGGAUGAACAUUACACCAUACUACUUUUUUGGCCCUUACAUGCAAGAAGGGGCGUUGCUAGGUUCCAGAAACACCUGGUGCUUGAGCACAAAGGAAAGCUAGAUGGCCCAAACACUGACAGAGAGGUACCUAUCCUGGCUUCUCUGUUAUGUCCUAUCCUCUCUAGCCCUGAUAAGUGUUCUACUGAUGUUUCCCAUUAUCUAUAUAAAAACAGAGUCAAAAACAAGCACAUGCUGCACAGCCAAAUAUUCUGAGUGAUCUCACCGCACUACCUAACUAAUAGUGGGGUGUGCAGCAAAGUGCUGUUCCCUAACACCACCUCCGACUGUCAUUUGUCAUCUGGGCGGCAGCUCCUCCAUUCCAUAUGGAGCCUGGUGCAGCAUUAUACAACUGAUCUUUGCUUUUUAUAAGAAGCAAAUUUAAUAAAUCUAAUUUCUCUCAGCCCCCUCCUCUAACUGUAAAAAUCUUCAGCUAAAGAUCCCUACAUUCUGGGAUUCAGCCCUCAAAGCUACGACCAAGCAACGCAUAUGCAUUUUUGACAUAUGAAACCCAUCACAGUAUUACCAAUUGCCUGUUAGAUUAUAUGCAUGGACAACUAGAGUAUCAUAACUUCCUGAUGAACAGGGUGGUAAAUGGGUAUUUGAGAGAAGCACAUCAAAUAUAAUUUAAUAUUUCUGUCCUAUCCACACCUGUGCCAAUAUCUUCCAGAAUUAUCUCACCACCACAACCACUAGGCUCACUAAUCCCACCAGCUACUUUUUCGCCACCCCUGUCAUUGACAACUUUGGUGACCAGUAGCAGCAACAUUACAGCCAACACCUACUUCGGCCUCCUUUUACUUCAUAACAGUGAUGUUACUGAGACCAUUGUGUCAUUCUAGCAGAUAUAGCAGGUGACCUAAGACACAGUUCCAAAAGUAACUAGCAUGCUCAGCUUUAUAUUUUACUCGGGACUCGCCCAUGUGCUCAUUACAUAUAAAGUACUGUAACAACUCAAUAAAACUACAAACAAUCAAAUCAUUUUAAACAACAUGCAGGAACUUAUAAUAACAUAAUGACUCAUUUCUAACGGAGUGGGGAAGACAAUAAUUAACACAAAACAUCUCUUCUGCCGGUAGAAUUACCAAUAUGCAAAUCUACAUGAAUAUGCAAAUUAGCAAGACUUGCUUAUAUUGUGGCACAGCCCAACUUUGUUGUUUUUUUGCAUUUCUCUGAUUACCUCCAAGGGCUUUGAGGGAGCCAGUUUAGGGUUGCUGCUUUUACUCUUUCUAUUUGGAUUUACUAGCAAUGACUUUUAGUGUUUUCUAUUCACGUAAUGUAUAUAACUGUUGCUACCAACAGAGUAUACUAUAAAGUCUACAUAGCCAAAUCCACCUAGUUGGCAGCAAGAACCAGCAGAACAGGAGAGUACACAAAACAAUUAAAAAUGCACAAAUACAUAUACACACCCUGCACCUAUCAUGGGCACAGGGUGACUUAGACAUAGGAGUAGUUCAGGGUCCUACCUAAAGUGUUUGCCGGAAACUCCUGGUAAUGGUGACUAUCAUCACAGAGGGAAAAAGAGAAUGAACAGUAAAAAUCUAUAUUUAUAUAUGAUAUAUUUUUUAAGAAAUAUAUUAUGUAAAUAUAUAGAUAUUCUUUACUGCUCAUUCUUUUCUUCUUCUUUUGGUCUCAAAAUGAAUUGUGAAUAAAAUCAAUCUUUAGUGGCUGUCCCCUAAAAAUCAAGUAAAACGGAACUGUCAUUCUCAUUAUGACUGUUUGGGAAUUUCACUAAAAUUCCAACACAGUCAAGAGAUAUACAAUGACAAAGUACGGACUACGCUAUCUCUGUAUUUCUCCUCUGCCUGACACUUGCUGACACACAGCAGAGCCUAUGUGUCAAGACCUGCAGCUGUCACUGGGAAUUGGCUGUGCCUAUGGAGGAUCCCAUGUCCUAGCGAGAUCCUCCAUAGACCUCAAUGCUGUACUCUUGGACAACCCGGUGGUACUUGCCGGGUGAAAUGCACGUCAGGUGCACAGAUAUACUUUAUCCUUUCAUAGCAUGGAAACUUAGGACAGAAAUGUGUUAUAGAAUACUACUUGUUCAGUAGGAAGACUGGUAUGUAGAGCCUGGGGGGAAGGGGGCCCUGGGCUUACAAUUGUUGAAGGUGGUGCUUUUCAGUGACUAAGCUAAGGAACAGCCUAGCCACCCCCAGAUGGAAUAUUAUCACCAAUGAUUGGGAUUUUGGAAAGAGUGAACGAGAUACAAUUGACAUAAUUUUUAUUGAAGAAACUAGAUUAGGUAUGGGAAGGUGGUCAGUAUAUGUAUAUUGGGCACCACAUUUUUUGUUUUAGUUGGUUUAUAAGAGACUCCUGGUAAUGGUUUGGGAACAGCUUAACCUACCUUCAUAAAUCCAAUUGCCUGCUAUUAAACCUUAGUACUCACCUUACCUACCUCUAGAAAUCCAAUUGACUGCUUUUAACCUUAGUAUUUACCAGUAGAUAGUGGCAAUUGUUUAGGGAUGAAGAUUGGGAAUAAUUUAACCAUCCAGCGUGGAGUAUUCACACCAAGGAAAAAUUGAGUUUGUUAGGUUCUUUUCACUAUCCUCAGACCUGCAAAUUGUAAAGGUGUUGACCCUCAGUGGUGAUUGAAGGAUUGGCUAUAGAUAUACCCCUCGUUAUCAUUAUUAUCAUUAUUAUUUCUUUUCCUGGGUUAACAUCAGACACAUGGGCAACGCAUUAUAAGAAAUAAUCAUAUGUGUAUCACAGUUUAGUUUCUAGUUGCAUUUUGGCAGGUUGUAUUCAACCAAGUAGUUAUCAAAAACCGAUAUUGUUGUCAUUUUUGUGCAGUGAUAAUGUCCUGCAUAUUUCAUUUAGCAACAAGCUAGAUCAAAAUCCUAACACCUGUUGCCUUGUGUUUUAAUAAAAUUGUUACAUCUAAUUAUUGUACUAGAGUAACAACAAAGGAGGCAUUAAAGAGGAAUUGAUUGAACUGUAACCCUUGCUUUUUUUUAUCUUUAUUGAUCUUUUUUUUUGUAUUAUCAGAUUAAAAGUUAUGUUUUAAAUACACCAUAGUCAAUUGUUUAUGGAUCUGAACAGGCUUAAACCCCUCGGUUGUGUGGUUGACCACUGGACCAUUACUGGUCAGGAAAACAAGAAGUGUGUGUCGUUAGUGAUUUGGAUGCUCUGUGAAUUAAUAGUGGGCCCUUAUAACUAAGCUGUGCUUGUUUGUUUGCUAUAUUGUAUUGAGUUAAUCUGUCUGAGGUUUGAGCUACAUCAGCCCAUACACACAAGCUGCAUUGGAUGAGACUUAUUGCAAUAUUUUGGUAUUUGGUUGCACCAUACUCUUUCAUCCUAUUUUGUAAUUGGUCUUAUUUUAAUAUUUUUGGAAAAGCUUUUCAAAUGAUUUAAUAAUUUUGGAUAAACUUUUAAAACAUAUUUUGUAAAUAUGAAAAAAUAUUGAAAAAUAUAUCGGAUAUAAAAAACAUAUAUCAAUAUAAAAAAAAUCAUAAAAUAUUGAAAUAUUUGUCAAAGUAUUAAAUCAUUAAAAAUGUUUAUCCAAAAAUAUUAAAUCAUUGGAAAAACGUAUUCAAAAAUAUUAAAUGAAGGUCACUCUGUCCAAUGAUACAGUGCUCUAUCUGUGAAUCAUAAGAGUUUUGACACAGCUCUUAUCUUGAACUACAAUUCCCGUUAAAACAUUGUUGAAAAAUUAAACCUCUGUGACUGGACCUGAAAAUAAGAAAUAUUUCUAGUAAUUAUUCUAUAUUUUUUUGGAAGUUAGUCAAAGGCUCUAUACAACGAGAUAUAUGGUAAUUGUAUCUUUUAAAGUAAAUUAUCAUAUGAUAUUGAAUGUUAACCUAAUUUCUUUCUUUUCACUCAUUACAAUAGACACAGUGCUACCACCUAGUUGCCACUUAAAAAAAAUACACUUAAAAAAAGGCAAGGUCUAGUAGAACUUCACUGAAAUCAGAAUGUUCUGUAGAGAUCCACAACUUUGUACAUCGCUCACAUAAAGAAUUCAUUAGCAACAUAGAUGUAUGCCUGUAAGCCUGUCAAUGGAAUGUUGACUGUAGGUAGAUGGCCCAGCUUAAUUGCAGAAUAGGUAUGAACUGUGUAGUUUUUUGUUGAACUGAGCAAAGGUUGAAAAAAAACCCACCUUCUUAAGUUAAUCAAAAACUAUGCGAACAAGAAGGUAAUUUCUGAUUCAUAAAUUAAUUUGUUUAUAUCUGAUAUGACAACGUCCUUCAAUUCCCCAGUCAUGUGUAUAGUAUGUGAUUAAUGAAACAGGAAUGCACAUAUUGUUAAAAAAUAUAUGGAUUACAUUUCCUUAUAUGUUCAAAGUACUGUUGAGCAGUACAUUAAAGGGUUUUUCCAACCAAAACCCAUCCUAUCCUAAAAAUGAUUAACCCUGGGGCGUAGUCAGCUGUGAACCUAACUAAGUGGCAGAGGCACUGGAAGUGAGGAGAGAUGGCAGUGAAUUACCCAUAAUUUAAGUUUUAAGGAUCUGGAAAGCCCCAGCCACACCCGCGGAUGCUCCCAGGAACAUUAUAGCAGUUACCCUGGAAAAUAUGCAUACACUCACCUUCAAUACAGCACAGUGUGGCUAAAUUCUCCCCUGAGCAGGGGAGGACAUGGGCUGCAUGGAGGUGGGGUGCCAUACCGCCACUGGAUGUAGGGCCUUAACAUUCUGUGCGUGCUGAUGACAGUUUAAAAUAAAUAAAAGCACAUUUAUGGCUUUUACAUGACAUAUACUUUGUAUAUGUUGUCACUUAACCACUACAGGGAGCCUUCAUUACUGUAGUGUGCAAUGAACGUAUAGAGCAGGCAUAGGCAACCUUUGGCACCCCAGAUGUUUUGUACAACACCUCCCAUGAUGCUUUGCCAGCAUUAUGGGUAUAAGAGUAUUACGGGAGAUUUAGUCCACAACAUCUGCAGUGCCGAAGGUUGCCUGUCCCUGGUAUAGAGAGUAAGUACAUCUCAUAUACUGUCAUUUACUGCACAGGUUGAUAGCAUUUUACUUGUGUUAGAAUUUGUAGGUGGAAUCUGGAAUUUCAUUUUCUACUUUCACUUUUGUAUGUAUAAAGAAUGACCUUCUGUUACAGUCACAGCGGAGAGACACACACGCACAGAGAGGAGGAAGGAAGGCUGUUAAAGGUACGCACACAGAGAUACAAGCACUCAGACAACAAACACAAAUGUGGAUAAAGCAGUAGUUUUAGGACUCUCUGUGAAGGUUAAUGUCUUACACAUUUAAAACGUCAGUAAACCUAGCCACAAUGUAGCUAAAUCAUAAAUAUAAAAUGUAUUCAUUUUGUGCAUGUUGGUAGUUGAGCUCAAUCAAUCAAUGACUUUAAAUGGACACUCUAAGAACCAUAAUCACUGGAGCAGGAGUGUCAGACUCCAAACCACAAAGGUCAAAUAAUUGAUGACAUGAGUGUAGUAGUGCUUGUGUAUUGUAUAUAUAAUGUAUGUAUCACAUCUUUUUAAGUUUCACAAUACUCCCCUAAAAUGUAAUUUCUCUGUUUCUGUUUUGUUUUUCUGUUUAAUACACUAUCUCUGUUUCCCUGUAAUUUUCAAUGUAAUCUGUCUCUUGAUGCAAUGCUAGCUGUCUCUCUCCUCUAUGUUGGCUGUCUCUCUCCGCUAUGUUGGCUGUCUCUCUCUGCUAUGUUGGCUGUUUCUCUGCUAUGUUGUCUGUCUCUCUCUGCAAUGCUAGCUGUCUCUCUCUGCUAUGUUGGCUGUUUCUCUAUGCAAUGCUACCUGUCGCUCUAUGCAAGUUCUAUCUGUCUCUCUCCGCUAUGUUGGAUGUCUCUCUCUGCUAUGUUGGCUGUCUCUGUCUGCAAUGUUGGCUGUCUCUCUAUGCAAUGCUACCUGUCUCUCUCCGCUAUGUUGGCUGCCUCUCUCCGCAAUAGUAACUGUCUCCCUUCCAAGUUUCUUUCCGCAAAUCUUAUUACAGAUACACCCCAAGUAUUAGUGUCCCGAGAAGGAGGGGGUAGAUUGGGUGGGCCAGUGAAACAAUCGCAUCACUGGCUCCACCCACGUGGGGACGGUUCCACCCAAAUUACUGGUAGGUAAACCUGACAUGAAUGCAUGCUAGCUGCCUACCAAGCAAGCAUGGCAGCCCACUGAGGGCAGGACGUGCAGGGAGCAUUGUUUCAGUGCUCUUCACAGGGCCCUAGUGACCUAAGUGUAGGUUGUACAGGUAAAGAGAAUUUGCAUGGGUUAAGUGUAGUUAAAGGGACACUUUAAGCUCCAAAACAACUUUAGCGUAAUGAGGCAGUUUUGUUGUAUAGAUCAUGCCCCUGCAGUCUCCCUGAUUAAUGUUCUGCCCUUUAGGAGUUAAAUCACUUUUGUUUCUGUUUAUGCAGCCCUAGCCACACCUACCCUGGCUGUGAUUCACAUAGCCUGCAUGAAAAAAAUGGUCUCUUUUUCAAUCAGAUGUUAAUUUGCUUUAGAAGAUUGUAUCUCCUGCUCUGUAUACUGGACUUUAAAUAGACACUACAGUCACCAGUAUAUCUACAGUUUAAUGUGUAUGUUAUAUCCCUGCAUGCUUUUUAAUGUAAACACUGCCUUUUCAGAGAAACGGCAGUGUUUACCUUGCUACCUAAGAACAUCUCUAGUGGCAGUCAAUCAGACGACUGCAUGGAGACACUGAACGCUUCCCAUAGAGAUGCAUUCAUUUAAUGCAUCUCUAUGAGGAGAUGCUGAUUGGUAUGUUGUCGCACAUACACAAUAGCCUCCCAGUACUUUCCUAUGGGAAAGCAUUGGAUUGGCUGAGAUUUACAGAUUUGAUUAUCUCAGCCAACAAGGCGGAGCAGGGCAGGGCAAAGCAUGACAAGACCAGUGGGGUGUGGGAAAAGGAUGAGUAAAACACAUAUUUAAUGGAGGAAAGGGAAGGUAUGGCACCUAAACAGUCGUUUUAGAGCUAUAGUGUCAGGAAUUCACAUAUGUAUUGCUGACACUAUAUAGUGUUCUUUUAAUUACACACAGGAAUCUCCUGCAGGGUCUAGGAGGCUAUGAACAUAGGAGAUAAGAAAUUCAAGAUUGAACAGACUGUGCAAAAAAAGGGGACAUACAAAAAAAUCUAGGUUCCUUUUCAGGAAGUGUUUAGAAAGUCUGUGUAGGUCAUAUGUGGGGAGGUAUAAACAAAGUGAUUUAACUCCUAAAUGGCAGAAAAUUAAGCAGUGAGACUGCAGGGGCGUGAUCUAUAUAUUAAAACUGCUUCAUUAAGCUAAAGUUGUUUUGGUGCUUAUAGUGUUGCUUUAACUAUUUUAGCUGACAUCCUCGGCCAAUGACAUUGUUUGCCAAUACUCAAAGUUGUACAAAAUGAAUAUUACUAAAGUGUAGAUAUAUUAUAGAAGACUGAAUAGUCCAGGUAUGCAGGUGAGUGUCAAACCGAAAACUAUUUGACUACUUACCAGUGGACGGAGCCUGAGGUCUCCAAUCACUUCAGCAUGCUGCAGUGUUUAUGGUACUAAUAAUAGUUUUUUCCUGUCUAGGAAAAAGAGUAGCACAUGGUUGUUAGCAUUUAUGGAUUUAUUAUCCAUCAAUCUGCAGCUAUAUUUUGUGAACUGUGAUUUUAUUGUUAAUAGAGGUUGGGAGGGAGUCAUAGAAACACUGUUUGAUACUUUGAACAUUCCAGUAAUGUUGUAGGUAAUGACUGUUUACAAGUUUGUCGCUUGCAAGCUUUUUAUUAUGUAAGCCAUACCUCAGGAUAGGCAGUCAUGCAAUUAAUUUGCAAACAAAUGUACUGUAGAAGAAUAGGGUUACCUAGUUACUUCCAUGUCACAUCUUUCACGUAACUACUGAGUUUGUGAUUUUGCAAGAAAACUAUUUUUGUGUACAGAAAUUAAUAGUUAUGUUUUUCAUUACCUUUUUAACAAGUUGGGAAGUUGGUGGUGACUGGAAAAAAAAAAGUAUUAUCAGCUUUGAAAGUAGACCUUUUGAGUUAUAUUAGUAAUAAUUAUUAAGCAGAUUCUUAUCCAAAUAUAUUUAAUACUCUCCCAGAAUAAGAAUGACUUUAGAGAUCUUGAAACACAGUCCUGUCUGUUUGAUAGAGAACAAAGGUGGAAGAGAGCUAACAAUCAACCAGGAUGCCUUGCAAAUUCUUACUGACAUCACUCAGCCUUUGGUUAUUGUGGCAAUCAUAGGAAAAUAUCGAACUGGAAAAUCCUAUCUAUUGAAUAUUCUAGCAGGAUGCAAAAAAGGUGAGUGAUAUCUUUAUAAAAACCCUUACUAAGAACAUUUUAAGCAUUUAUAAUAUUAACAUUUUUUAAUUAACCAGAAAAAAAAUGCAAAACCAACAUCCAAAAUAAAAAAUAACGUAAUUAGUUUUUAAGUGUAUAUCUUAUUCCAUUUCUGAAGUAAAUUAGGAACUGCACUCAAUGCCAUCACUCUGAGCCAGGGUGCAACCAAAGAAAGACCAAAGGUCAAAACGUUGCUGCUUGUCAUUUGGUUCGAAUACAUUUGCCUUUGUUGGACCUUGGAGUGCCUAAACCUUUCUUUGUUUCCUGCAUAUGUUAUUCAUAUCUUUAUUGACGUUUGUUCCCGUAAAUAUAUGUAAAAAGAAAUCAGAUAAUUCCCAUUAGUGUGGUCAAUUGAGCUAAUUUUAUUAUAGGCACAAUUUAUCUGAGUUUUCCAGUAGGACUAAAAAUCCUACGUCUUGUGGUGGACCAAGAAAGCACUAGACCCUGGCUUUUUUUAUCACUCUUUUUUUCAUCUCUAAAAUACACUAGGGGACAAAUCUUCAAUAACUGGUACAUUUUCAUUUCAACUUUCCUCUGUAGGAUUCCCCCUUGGCUCCACCAUCCAGGCUAAGACUAAAGGCAUCUGGAUGUGGUGCGUCCCUCACCCAACCAAACCAGGACACACUUUGGUUCUACUGGAUACAGAGGGGCUGGGGGAUGUGGAGAAGGUAACUACUGGACUAAAGAUCAUUGGAUUGAUUUAGUCAUUGCACAUUUUUGCUUAAGUGGCAAAAUAAAACACAAAAAACAACAUUAAUUUGAAAUUGCAGAGUAUGCAGUUACCAUUCUAGGAAGUGGGCAAGACACACAUUUAUUAAGUAAACACUGAAUUCUAAUCAACAAGAAAUCAAACUGCAAAAUUAAAGGAACACUAUAGGGUCAGGAACACAAACAUGUAUUCCUGACCCUAUAGUGUUUAACACACCAUUUAGGUUGCUUUCCCCCCUUAGCCCCCUUGGAAAAGGUGAAAACUCACCUUAUUUCCAGCGCCUCGCUGGUCUGCUGACACUGGCUCUGCCCCGAUCUGCCUCCUUGGUGACAUCAUAUUAAUUGCCAAUUUGUAGCCAGUCCAAUGCUUUCCCAUAGGGAGAGCAUUGGAUUGGCUAAAAUCGGCAAGGAGAUGGGGUGGGGGCGGGGCCAAACACUGUUUUAGCCAAUCAGCACCUCAUCAUAGAGAUGCCAUGAAUCAGUGCAUCUCCUCUAUGAGGAAAAUUCAGCGUCCCCAUGCAGACACUGAACAGCACUGCUGCCUUCUGUGCAGCACUGAGCCAGGAAGCCCCUCCAGUGGCCACCUGAGGAGUGGCCGCUUGGAGGUGUACCUAGGGGGCAAUGUAAACACAAUGUAAAGGCAGUGUUUGCAUUAAAAUGCCUGAAGGUAAUGAUUUUACUCACCAAAACAACUGCAUUAGGCUGUAGUUGUUCUGGUGACUAUAGUGUCCCUUUAAGACAAAAAGUGUUUAUUUGGGCCAAUUUUCCAACACAGUUUUUCAUUGUUUUCUAGCAAGUUGUCUGUUAAUUUUCUUUAUGGCAGUUUAAUUGCUUUGAAACUAAUUUUGGGUAAGAGAAAGUUUUCUGUCCCAGUCCCGAUGGUCAUGUUUGUUAUUUAGAAGACUAAGGAAUAUGUUGAAUUGGUAGUAACAGUAUAAAUUAAGACAGAAUCUUAUAUUUAGAGUUUCUUAUUUUAUUUUAAUAUUCUCUCUAUUUUAUUUAAGGAAGACAGUAAAAAUGAUGCUUGGAUCUUCUGUCUGGCUGUUCUGUUGAGCAGUAACCUUGUGUUUAAUAGUGUGGGGACGAUAGAUCAACAAGCAAUGGAACAGCUACAGUAUCCUUUAUAUUAACACUGUUUGUAUCUAGGAGGUGCAGAGUAUAAUGGGUUACAGAAUGUGAAUGACAAUAAAGAGUUCAAACGCUAACAUUAAAUGAUAACUUACAUUUGUAGAUAAUAGAAAUAUGGCUACAGCAAUUUUGAUGAAUACACAUGACAGCCACUAUUGGUAAAGGCUAGGACAGUACAAUACUAGAAUGAAUUAAGAAUUGUUUAAUUUAUUGAGAACUAUAACAAUUUUCAUGAAUCCAUUGUCAUUUGUAAACAUGAUAUCUACUUGACAAAAGAGAUAACCUGUCUGUUCAUGUUCUUCAUGAAUGGUUAAUUCAAAUAUGUAUCUAGUAUAUCGUUUAUGAGAUUAUUCAUCAAAAAGUCAUAUGGGACUUCAGUAACCUAUUUGGAUAUAUUUUGGUUUAUUUGGUAUGAUUUAUGGUCCCUGAGGAAAUCGGGUGGAAAAUAAGACUCCUGGGCCCCCUCUUCAUUGGACAAGCCAGCAGAGGCCCAAAACUGCAUAUAUAAAUAUACAUAUAUAUGCAGAUUUGUUAAUGAAGUCUACAGGUGUGGCAAAAUGCCACCCCUGUAAAAGUGACGCCUGAGGCCAAGGUUGCCUGGUUUCCCUGCUCAGCCAUAUUAUUCCUGGAGAUGUGGGAUAAAAUACCAUUGACAGUGUUGAAUUUCCCUGGCUUUAAAAUGUCUGACAACCUUCUUAUCCUGUGAAUAUACAAGGAUGUACACACACAUACAAUGAAUAUGAUAGGCUCAACACUUAUGUGAGGGAUCCUCUUAACCCCCACAAUGAAAUAAAAUCACAUACCACUAUAGUAAAGGUGGAGCUCUAAUGUACCUGAGUAACAUACAGUUGCAAGAAAAAGUAUGUGAACCCUUUGGAAUGAUAUGGAUUUCUGCACAAAUUGGUCAUAAAAUGUGAUCUGAUCAUCAUCAAAGUCACAACAAUAGACAAUCACAGUCUGCUUAAACUAAUAACACACAAAGAAUGAAAUGUUGCCAUUUUUUUAUUGAACACACCAUGUAAACAUUCACAGAGCAGGUGGAAAAAGUAUGUGAACCCUUUGAUUUAAUAACUGGUUGAACCUCUUUUGGCAGCAAUAACUUCAACCAAACGUUUCCUGUAGUUGCAGAUCAGAAGUGCACAACGGUCAGGAGUAAUUCUUGACCAUUCCUCUUUACUGAACUGUUUUAGUUCAGCAAUAUUCUUGGGAUGUCUGGUGUGAAUCGCUUUCUUCAGGUCAUGCCACAGCAUCUCAAUCGGUUUGAGGUCAGGACUCUGACUGGGCCACUUCAGAAGGCGUAUUUUCUUCUGUUUAAGCCGUUCUGUUGUUGAUUUACUUCUAUGCUUUGGGUCAUUGUCCUGUUGCAACACCCAUCUUCUGUUGAGCUUCAGUUGGUAGACAGAUGGCCUUAUGUUCUCCUGCAAAAUGUCUUGAUAAACUUGGUGUGACGAGAGCAACCUCGCCACAUUGCAUUGGAGAAGCCUGGUAGCUUCGCCUGCUGCCUUUGGAUUAUGGCCCUAUGUUAAAAGACCUUGUUUCCCCUGCAGAAAAGACUUAUUUGUGCUUUUCUGCCCGAUGUUCGGGAUUCAAUCUACCAAACAACCGCACGAAUGACUAGACCACUGCUUGACCCUCAACACGGAGCCUUGUCUCGUCCUUGGGGGGAUUUACUGUAUGCUGAUAGAGACUGAUUGCUAGGAGUGUAAGCCGCUUGGGUGCUUUUCCUAUUCGUCUGCUAGCAGCUAUUCGUAUGGUUCCAGUUCGGGAGUUUGGAGUGCUAUAUUGUAUGCAGUUCGGGAGAUUGGAGCAUUCCCUUACAUGCGGUUCGGGAGUUUGGUGUUCUACAGUAGCUGUGCCUGCAUCUCGGAAAGGGGACAAUCGCCUAAACGGUUUUAACCCCUUGUGUGCUGAAACGGUCCGUUACACUUGGGAAUUCAUUUUUCCUUCGAUGAUAGCAAUCCGUCCAGGCCCUGACACAGCAAAGCAGCCCCAAACCAUGAUGCCCCCACCACCAUAGUUGGGAUAAGAGUUUUGAUGUUGGUGUGCUGUGCCUUUUUUCGCCAUACAUACUGUUGUGUGUUUCUUCCAAACAACUCAACUUUGGUUUCAUCUGUCCACAGAAUAUUUUGCCAGUACUGCUGUGGAACAUCCAGGUACAAACUGUAGACCUUUUUAAGUCUUUAGCUGACACUCUAGGAUUCUUCUUCACCUCAUUGAGCAGUCUGCGCUGCGGUCUUGCAGUCAUCUUUACAGGACAGCCACUCCUAGGGAGCGUAGCAGCAGUGCUGAACUUUCUCUAUUUAUAGACAAUUUGUCUUACCGUGGACUGAUGAACAGCAAGGCUUUUGGAGAUACUUUUAUAACCCUUUCCAGCUUUAUGCAAGUCAACAAUUCUUAAUCGUAGGUCUUCUGAGAGCUCUUUUGUGCGAGGCAUCAUUCACAUCAGGCAAUGCUUCUUGUGAAAAGCAAACCCAGAACUAGUGUGUGUUUUUUAUAGGGCAGGGCAGCUGUAACCAACACCUCCAAUCUCAUCUCAUUGAUUGGACUCCAGUUGGCUGACAUCUCACUCCAAUUAGCUCUUGGAGAUGUCAUUAGUCUAGGGAUUCACAUACUUUUUCCACCUGCACUGUGAAUGUUUACAUGGUGUGUUCAAUAAAAACAUGGCAACAUUUCAUUCUUUGUGUGUUAUUAGUUUAAGCAGACUGUGAUUGUCUAUUGUUGUGACUUAGAUGAUGAUCAGAUCACAUUUUAUGACCAUUUUGUGCAGAAAUCCAUAUCAUUCCAAAGGGUUCACAUACUUUUUCUUGCAACUGUAAAUUGAAGAUGAAUGCACUUUUUGCAAUCUUUUAAAGAAACCUGUAACUAAUAUAUGACACAUUAAUCAUGCAAAUGGUAUAUGUAAUAAUAGAUGGGUAUAUAUAUAUAACAAUUUCUAAUUCACAAGUAGAGAGCAAGUAAGUCACAUGGCUCUAGUGUGUAGCACUCUUGGAUCGUUAAGGGAGAUCCACAGCCCUCUUUUGUCUCCUUCACACCCAAAUGGGUCAGCAGGGAUAAACAGGAGGACUCCAAUGGUGAAAGUAAACGAAUACAUUUAUUACUAAAAAACAAAUAGAAUAAAAACUGAUCCAAUGAUCAAAAAUACUUAUAAAAUGAUAAGGUCUUUAGUCCAAAACAUGUUUCACCAUCAGCUGGCUUCCUCAGUUGGUGUAUACUUUGUGGAAUGCUUGUUCAGUCUUUUAUUUUGUCUUGAUUGUAAAAUUGUCGGCAUCUGUGUACCCCAAAGUGUUCUGAAUGGAACACACGUUUAUCUCUUUUUUGCUCUGUGUAAUAAGGAUAAUCCCCCAGUCAUUAGAAUUGAGGAAACAUAAAAAUUUUGUAAGGCUUAGUUCAUCUCCAUUCCAAAUAAAAAAUAUGUCAUCAAUGAAACGGCAAUAGGUAACCAAUCUUGCAUAUGAAGUGUUAUGAAGGAUAACUCUUUCUUCCCAGUAUGCAAUAAACAAGUUAGCGUAACUGGGUACGAACUUGGUUUCCACUAUCCUUAAACCAAAAAAAAAUAUUGGUAAGAAUUAAAAGUACAUCUUCAAUUAAAAAAAUCACUUUGUCCCUUCUCCUUAACCUGUUUAAGUUAUGUGACAGAGCUAACAAACAGGAUUAAACUGAAAUUAUCUCAAAAAGAGGAUCAGAGUGCAGAAUUUAAAAGGUUUUUUCCAUCCUUUAUUUGGUGCAUUCGGGACUUCUGUCUUGUGCUGGAGCACAACGACAUGGAAAUAACUGCUGACGAAUAUCUGAUGAACUCGCUGAAGUGCAAAGAAGGUAAUCUUAAGGUCCCCAGAAUCAUGACUAGGUGCUCAAUGUACCAUGGUUUAUAUCAAUCAUUAUCGUUUUUUAUAAUCGGCUAAAAAACGGUUCUGUCACCUUCUGGGGGCUUUGCACACCUGCAGCUCUCUAAACUCUACCCCUACAUCAACUGAAUACUUUGUUACAUGUUGAGUAUAGGAUAAUAUAACAUAAGAUAAUCAGAGCUAUAGAUGUGUGAAUUAUCAUGAAUCCAAAAUGAAUUAAUUUCAAAUUUUAAACUAUCAUCACUUAGGAAAAGUAAAUAAAGCUAUUAUUCUAUUAUUAUUAUUCUAUUAUAAAGCUCUAUAUUCAGGGCUGGUGCAAGGAUUUUUAACUACACAGGCAAAGUAGCAUUUUCCAUGUACCCCACCCCCUUAAAAAAACACUGGAACCACCUUAUUCCUCAUGUAAAGGGGCUGUAGAUGGGGGCACAGGGGCUCUAGAAGAGGAUCAGGGGCUGUGGUGGGUGAUAGGGUACAUACAAUGGGGUUACAAGGUCUGUGGGGGACACACAGGGGCUGUAGAGGGGAGGUACAGGGCUGUAGAGGAAGGACACACAGGGCUCUAGAGGGGAGCUGUAGGGGGUUUAGACAGGGCCGUAGAAGGGAGAAUUGGGGCAGUAGAGGGUUGACACAGGGCUGUAGAAGGGGGGACAGAGGGCCGUAGAAGGGAGAAUUGGGGCUGAAGAGUGUGGACAUGGGGGCUGUAGAGGGGGACAUGGGGGCUGUAGAGGGGGGCACAGGGCUGAAGAGGUGGGGGACACAGGAACUGUGGUGGGGAACACAGGGGCUGUGGUGGGGGCAGAGGGGCCAUAGAAGGGGUGGGAAGGGGUUGUAGAAGGGAGGGCACAGGGGUUGUAAAGGGGGGUAGGAGCUGUAAAGAGGGCAGGGCUGUAGAAGGGGCACAAGGGGCAAAGAGGGGGCACAGGGGCUGAGAGUGGGCACAUGGGGUGAGAGGGGGCACAGGGGCAGAGGUUGUAGAAAGGGGAACAUGGACUGUUGAGUGGAAACAUAGGCUUUAGAGAGGGGUGCAUGGACUGUAGAGAGGGGGGGGCACAGAGGCUGUGGUGGGUGGCACAGGUGCUAUAGAACUUGUAGGUGGGCAGGUGCACAGGGGCAAUAGAAGGGGUGGGCAGGGGCUGUAGAAGGGAGGGCACAGAGGCUGUAGAAGGGAGAACACAAGGGCAAUAGAAGGGGUAGGCAGAUGCUGUAAAAAGGACACAGGGGCUAUAGAAGGGGUGGGUAGGGGCUGUAAAUGGGGGCACAGUGGCUAUAGAAAGGGGAACAGGGGCUGUAGAGAGUGCACAGGGGCUGUUAGAGGGGGCACAGAGGCUAUAGAAAGGGGAACACGGGCUGUUAACAAAAACCUAUUAACAGAAAUAUAUUUCCAUUCCAGGUAACAAGAAUCAAAUUCAAAGUUAUAACCUUCCUCGGAAGUGUAUCAUCCAAUACUUUCACUCACAUAAAUGCUUCGUGUUUGAUCGUCCAACUUCGGGGAAAAAAAUUUAUCGGCUUGACGAAUUGGAGGAUAGUGAACUGGAUAAAGAUUUUUUGAGCCAUAUCGAAACGUUCCGUAACUACAUAUUUAGUGAAGGCAGGGUUAAAACCCUUCCUGGAGGACAAUUGGUCAAUGGAAAUUGUGAGUGAUAGUGGAAUGUUAUUUAUACCACUUUUUAUUCACAAACAUAACUUAGCUUAGAAUAGUUAGCAUUAGUUAUUUUUUUUCCAAAUUCUAGUGAAUUGAAUGAAUAAACAAAUCAGUGUUAACAAGCACCAUUUAAAAAAAAUGAAAAUGUUCAACUCUCCAAAAAUACACACCUAAAGGCAAAUUUAAACAUCCAAAAAGGUGGAGCUCAAAUAAAAAAAAAAACAUUUAACUGUAAUUCAAAAUGUGGUGUAUCCUUAGUUGUGUACCAUGUAACAGAGAAAAAGCAAAAACAUGCAGAAAGGGCAGAUUGAAUAAACGAUAUUCCACAAACAGAACUCACAUAUAACAGAGCCAAUGCACACACUUGGCUCUGGUGGAAAGGGUAUUGGGACCUAUGAUAUAAAUGGCAAGUUACCUUCACUGUUUGCAGUCAUAAUUCAGCCAACAAUGUAAAAAAUACAAAAAUAUAUUGAGUCCUUAGUGAGACAUUUUCUCAGUGCGCACAAAUUCAGCCAAACCAUAAAUGCUCAGUACAUCAGAGAAACAUUCUAUAGGUCUCUCCAUUCUUAGAUGAUGAACCAUGAGUUUCAUAAUGUGAAUUCAUUUUUAGAAAAAGUUAUGCCACUCGGUAAUUUCUACUUCUUUUUCUCCAUAUUUCUCAGGUUUGGCAAAUCUCGUAACUUUAUAUGUAAAGGAAAUUCAGAAAGGAUCUGUGCUGUGCGUAGAGAAUGCGGUGAUUACUUUGGCAAAGAUUGAGAAUGCAAAAGCCAUGAAAUAUGCGAUAACCAAUUAUGAAACCAAAAUGAGAGAACAUGUAAAAACAUUCCCGACGGAGACUCAGAAAGAAUUCAUUAUUUUGCACGAGGAGUGUGAAAAUAGAGCAAUAGAAUUGUUUCUGCAGUUUUCCUUUAAUGAUGUAAAUGAAAAACAUCUGCAGGAGCUUAAGGUCAGUUACAAGAAAUAAUCUGGGAAAUUAAAUUGUUUUGUAUUCAUUAGUCAUCAUUUUUCCAUAUUUAGGAAUCUCUAGAACAAUACUGCAGAUAUGAAACUUUCCUAUUGCAUUGACACUGGGUUAGGGUCAUUUAAAAUAAUAAAUUAAAAGCUUAAUUUAAUUAGCAGUAGGUUCUAGAUACAAUGUAAAAAAAGACUUAAAAUUUUGUAUUUCACAGUGUGGACACAUGGUAACAUACAUACACACUCACAUAGAUGCACGUAUACACACUAACAUACAUAGUCACUUGCAUGCAUAAACAUAGCAGUGGAUUUGAAUUAAAAAGUGUGGGAUAUUUAUCAAAGUGUUUGGAAAAGUGUCUUUUAUUCUUGGGCUCUAAUUUGUUCUUAUUUAUGAAAUCGUUCUGGAACUGGUCUAAAAUGUUUUGACUUUUCUCACCUUAAUUACACCACUGUACGCUUCGCUCUUCCAAAAGAGACGUGAGACAAUUUUCUGAUAGAAAAAGUGAUUAAAAGAUUGAUAAAUCCAUUGUGUCGCCAAAAUAAUUAUGGUUAAAGUGGAAAAAAGCAACAGAUGAAAAAAAAUUAAAGUUAAAGGGACACAAUAGUCACCAGAACCACUAAAAGUUUAAUAUAAUGAUUCUACAGCCUGUUCCUGGAGGCUGAGUAUUGUAAGUGGUGCCUAUUCACAGAAAAUACAGUUUUUACAAUGCUGCCUAAGUCCUCCUCUAGUGGCUGUCACUCGGACAACCACUAGAGAGUCUUCAAGGACGCUGUCCUGAAAUCUUUGAGGAACUACAUUCAGCACCUCCAUUUUUUUUUUUAGCAUCUACCUUAGUAGAAAGCAUUGGCUGAGAUAAUCAAGUGUGAUGAUCUCAUCCAGGGAGGCAUGCAACAGGGUGGAGAUAGACACAGUAAGAGCUGAAAGCUCACAAAAACUAUUUAAUUUUAUAUUGCACAUGUGGUGGUGCAAAAAGCCAAUAAAUUACACAUAGGGUUCCUUUAAUAAAUUACAGUGAAAAAAUGCUGCCACCUGCCAUAACAAAUAUACAAAACUGUGUUUGACACUUUGAUAAAUCUCCUUAUUACGAUAAGAACUGGCAUGGUGUCUGUGCUUUUCUCUAUUUUAUUUUCUGUGUAUUACAACCAUUUUGACAUUGCUAAAUCAAGUUCGAAGGCUGACGUAUUGCUAAUGACUUGCUAAUUAUCUACAUUUUGAUUCUUAAAGGUUCUACUAGGCAAACAACAACAGAGGUUUUCUCAAUGCAACGAGGAAGCGUCAGAGGAUCGAUGUAACAAACUGCUUGAUAAACUGAGAAGGGAAACACAGUCUAAGAGGGAUAACUCAAUUAAAUAUAACCAGUUUCAGGAGGAGAAGAAGAAAAUAGUGGAGGAAUAUAAUAAACAGCCAGGCAAAGGAGUAAAGGUAGCAAGUAAUGUUAUAAUUAAACACAAAAUUAAAAUUGCAAUAAAAAAAGUUAAUUAUUGGUUUGUAUAAAACAAGUUAAAUAGUGUCCAAACUGAUCUUGAAGGAUAGUAGUAUCCCCACAUAUGGAAAACAAGACAAACUUCAAACAGAUCCAGUGUAAAUCAUACCAUUUAGAAGUAGAUUAAAACCCAGCCAAAAUACGUUAUUUUGGUGCAAUGGGGGACUUUACAUCAUGUGGUCAUGUGAUGUAACCGACUCCCCAUAUUCUUUAGCUAAAGUGUUUUAUGUAGCCUUAAAACUUAUCAAUUCACUGUGUUUCCCUUAUAUUUAUUCAGGUUCGGAAACUGGGGCAACACUGCAUGUGAUAUUAUAUUUAUCACAUUGGCAGAACUUUCACCACUGAAAUCAGUGUGAACGAUUGCAUCAUGCACACUGCUCACCCCUGCACAAUUUUAGUUAGUCCCAAAAUCGUUCUAUUCAAACUAAUAACAUUGGUUUGCGAAAUCUUUGCGUCCUAAUAUUCACUGCAAAUCAUUGCAAAAUGUAAUUUAGACUCCAAAUCGCCUUUUUCCUAGCACUAAUUUUUAUCUAUCAGUGACACACAUUUCUCAGUCAAGACUUUUUAUUACGUCCCUCUGCAUAGAUGCAGAGAGACUAAAAGUGAUGUCUCACCCUCUCACAUUGUACAGUCUUUACGAGUCUUCAGAAAUGCAUUCUAGCACUGAGAAUGGGAGAGAAGAGAAGCAGGUUUCAGAACACAUUAUAGGCAUUCUUUGCAAUCUGCAAUAACAAGCUCAUAUCUAGAUAUUAUUUUUACAACUACGCUCCCAAAAAUUGCAUUGGGUUUUUUAAUAUUCAUAAGCAGAGUAAUUGUUUUCAUUUAUUUUAUUUUGUCACACAUUCUGUAUGUAAAAAAAACAAAAAAAACCCUAAACAUUUCUGCCUACUUAAUUCAAGUCCUACCUACAAUAUUGCAAAAUAGAUAUAAUAUAUAAUAGAUAUUGCUUGUCUGUGCCUUUCCCCCUCCCCCUUCCCUUCCUGUCACAGCAGGGCGUUGCCACAGAGACACUUCCAGCCCAGUUUGAACUGGCUGCUUUGUCCCUCUUCCAUCCCCCAUCUGCUUCUUGGGAUUAAAACCCCUGUUGUUUUGUGUUGGAGACCCCAUGUAGGGGUUUGUGCAUGUAAAACCGUGUGUGACAAAAUAAACAGAGGUCAGCCAGUGUUGUACCUCCAAAGCUGUGUCCCAUCCAGUUACUGGGGGGGAAAUGGGUCUCUUGAUACUCUAAAUCAAGUAUGUCAAACUCAAAGGGUAGCACGGGCCACAUAAACAAGGUUUAAAUUUAUGUGGGCUGCAAAAAAAAACAAAACCUUAAAUUUUCAUAGAAACGUAGGUUUGUUUUAAAAUGUACAGUAUAAAGAAACAGCAUUCCCAUCUGUCCUAAAUCCCAGUCCCCCCCUCUGUACUAAAUCUCAGUCCGCCCUCUCUACUAAAUCUCAGUCCCCCCUCUAUUAAAUCUCAGUGCCCCCCUCUCUAUUAAAUCUCAGUCCCCCCCUCUAUACUAAAUUGCAGAAAUAGGCAAAUACAAACACACAAAAUUAAGCUGUGAGGUCAAACUCCCAGUACUCUUGGGCAGCAGGAAUGUCUAUAGUCUUCAGCAGCUUAAAUACAUAGAACAACUCUCCCCCCAAAAAAUACCCAUGCAUUAUCCCAAAUCUUUAUGCCAAAAUAAGAGAAAAGAACAAAUAAAAAUAUAGAUAUAAUAAAUAUAAUUAUUAUUAUUUUAUAAAAAUGUUUUAACUACUGUUAAUUACUAUUUCUUUUUUAAUGUGGGAUUCCUAAAUCUGGCGUUUUGGUUAUGUGCUCAUAUAUAUUUGAUAUCUGUUAGCAAUGCAACCAACACAUUGUGUAAAUUGCAUUAUAUUACGUACUUGCCUGAAAGCACCACAUUGUGUAGAUUGCAAUAUUAUUUUCAAACAUAUCCUCUUUGUUUUACAUCUACAUUUUUUUUUCAGGAUUUCUUACAUUAAUGUAUUCAUUUCUAAAAAUUAACAAUAAAAAUGUUUUUAACCAAAGGCACAUGACGUGUUGGACAAAUUUCUAAUUGAGAUGGAUAAAAUGGAAGCUUUAAUCUUACAAUCUGAUCAAACCAUUUCAGAGCAUGAAAAGAAAUUAGCAGGUGAGAAGAUACAGUGGUGAGCAGUGGCGUUACAACCAUGGUUGCAGGGAUCCGUCACUCCAGGGGGCUCGGCCGCCGCUGCGACACCAAAGACCGGUGGGCUGCCGGCAUACCUUUAGGGUCGGUGCACUUCCGCACCGGACUGGGUCCUCAGAGUUAAAGAGAUGACGGGCAGCAGGGGAGCGCAGUGCUGAUUCCCUCCUGCUUGUGUCUAGUGCUGCCGAGUGGUCUGACAGGAAGUGCUCAUUGAGAAAGUAUUUCCAAUCAGACAGGUACCACAACCGCAACAAACAGAUACCGGAGUGGGAAAGACACAUGAAGAGGCUGCAGGGGAGGAGGGGAGACAUAUGCAGGGGGGUGCAGGUGAGGGGAGGGAGAAACAUGAAAGGGACUGCAGGGUAGGGGGGAGAAACACAUAUCGGGCUGGGGGGACAGAAUAAGAAAAAUGGAGGUGUGAGGUGGGGAGGCCCAAGUGUUUCUAUUUACUCCUAUGGUAAUGAGUUAUUAUUAUUUAAUACAUAGUGUAUUUAUAGUGUAUUGAAGAUUCUGAUAAGAGAUCAGAUGAUGCUGAUGUUGUGGAUGUAGUCCACAACAUCUGUAGUGCCAAAGGUUGCCUACACCUGCUCUAGAACUUACCAUGGCAGAUGAAAUGUUCAGAUGAGUUUUCAUCUUAUAGAAAAAAAUAAAAUGAAGGAGAAUUUGAUUGGGGACACAUUGGGCUGUUUAGUACACUGUAUUGUUUUACUGAUUGCUUGUGUGAUGUUUGCUUGCACAGCACAUCCAUGUGCUAGCACUAUAACUUUUUAACAGUCAAACUGAGGGGGAACAGUUUUGGCGGGACUAUUUAUAAAAUAAUAAUGAUGUUCUCUCCACUUGCCCACCGUCUUCUGUAGCAGAGAAAGCUGAAGCCGAGGCAGCGGUGAGCAAGAGAAAAGUUAUGGAAGAGGAGACAAAGAACCUGCAGGAAAGUAUGGAAGAACAGAAGAAAUGUCAUGAGGAGCACCUCAAGAUGCUGUUGGAGAAGAUGGAAGAAUAUAAACGCAAGCUGACUGAGGAGGAUGAAUGGAUGGAUCAACAAAGAUUAAAGGUACUAUAGGAAUGCAUUUAACUUCAUUAUUUGCAGAAUUAUGACCCAAACCACAAUUUUUUUAGCCCAUUUUUUGGGUGGAUAAUGAUUUUUUAAAAGUGGCCGUUAUUAGCAAGUAACAAUUAUUUAGUUAUAUCUGUAAUUCAUUGAAUAAUUAUUUUUUCACCUCCUUCACAGAAUUGCAAAGGGGUCUCACCCCUGUAUGAAUCAAAUUUACCAUCCAUCUCCUUGAUGGAAUGGUAAUAAAAAAAGUUCAGAACUAAUAUUUGUCUUGCGACUAGCUUAGACUUUGCAAUGUGUUUAAUGAAAGUAAUAACAAAAAAAUAGAAACUGCAAGAAAAUUGUAAACCUCAUACCUGUUUAUUCUCUAAUUAAAUCUCUAACAAUCUAAAAAUAUUGCUUUAACCCCUUUUUAUUACAUCAAUCAAUUAUAGACAUGUGCAAGGGGUGCACCCAUUCAAUCACAUUCACACACUAAUUCAGGGCUAAAUAGUCCCUCUCCUCUACUUGGUAUUUUUCUGUGAGUUGGGGAAGCUGAUUAUGUUUUUGAAGAAAAAAUAUCUUUGCAUAAAAAGAUUUUUUUAUAUUUUUUUGCACGUUUUUAUUAUAUUUUUUUAUACUUUUCAGUACAAAUAUUAUUGUUAUUUUUGUAUAUUUAUUUGAUAUUUUUUCUUAGAGGAGGGGUAUUUAUCCAGUAGCUUACAUUACCUACAGUUUUUAUACAAUUUACAUGCAAUGCUAAAAAAGGGUUUCUCACCAAGGUUUGCUAAAUUUAAUUGCUCGACCCCCUUUGUGUUCACAUCUACUUUCCUUGUGGACUGCAACAUGCUGCUUCUAUAUCAAUUGAAACUGUUGCACUUUUUGGGAAGUAUAUGUUGUGAACCAAUGUUAGAAUUGGAUACAUUGUUUAUUUAUUGUGUUAUAUGUCCCACCUCAGAGUUAUUAUAUUUAGGGCAAUUUGAUAGUUGUCUUGAUAAUUUUUUUUGCAACAAAACGCUUUGAUUAUAUGUUGUUUAACUUUUUGCUGGACCUAUUGAGUCACAUUUUCACUCACUGGUGCUUGUUAAUAUAUAUAUUUUUUGAAUGCCUUAAUUGAAUUGGGAGUCGCUGUUCUUUUUUACUUUUGUUCAUGGAUAUUCAGUUCAGCAUGUUCGAAAGUAGAACACUUCUGUAGAAAAUGCACUAUUGAGUAAAACAUUGAAAAUCUCCUACACCUUGCAUUAAAAAUUUUUUAUGUGAUGCUCCAAUUUCUUUUAAAUAUAUACAAAGAAUUAGAAAUUAAAAUCACAGUUCAGCUCAGUCCAGGCACAGCCAAUGCCCACAUUGUAUUAUGUUACUUUUCCUCUCUCUUAAAGGGACACUAUAGUAACCAAAACAAUUUUAGCUUAAUGAAGCAGUUUUGGUAUAAAGAUCAUGACCCUGCUGUCUCACUGCUUAAUUCUCUGCCAUUUAGGGGUUAAAUCACUUUGUUUAUAAAGCUCUAGUCACACCUCCCUGCAUGUGACUUGUACAACCUUCCUUAACACUUCCUGUAAAAUUAGAUCUAAUGUUUACACUUCCUUUAUUGCAAAUUCUGUUUAAUUUAGAAUUGAUUAUAUCCUGCUCUGUUAAUAGCUUGCUAGACCUUGCAAGAGCCUCAUCAAUAUGAUUAAAGUUCAAUUUACAGAGCAGGAGAUAAAAACAACUUCUGAAGUAAGUUAACAUCUGAUUAAAAAUGAAAACAUUUUUUAUGCAGGCUGUGUGAGUCAGCCAGGGGAGGUGUGGGGAGGAAACAAAGUGAUUUAACUCCUAAAUGGCAGAGAAUUAUGCAGUGAUACUUCAGAGGCAUGAUCUAAACACCAGAACUGCUUCAUUAAACUAAAGCUGUUUUGGUGAUUUUGUAUCCUUUAACUCCUUCAGGAUCGGCCUGUUUUUCCGAUGUUGUAUGUUAAGGACCAGGGCUCUUUUAACCCCUUAACGACCGGUGAUGGUUCAGGACCAUCAUCUGCAUUUUAGUGUUGCCGACCGCUGAUGGUCCUGAACCGUCACAAUGGUAAUCGUUACUCACCCGGUCACCGUCGUUCCCCCGGCGGCGAUCAGCAUGUCUCCCGGUGUGGGGAGACUGCCUGCAGCCCAGGGAGUCUACCCACGGCGAAUAAGGACCCCUGGGGCCAUGUGAUCACUCAAGAGAGUGAUCACAUGGUCACAAUAGGUGUCCAAGUGUCUGCCUGCAGGGGUCUCCCUGCAAGUGUAAAAUAAAAUAAAAUUUUUUAUAUAAAUGUUAAUAAAAAAUAUAUAAUUAUAUAUGUGUAUAUAAAUAUGAUAUAUAGACAUAUAUUAUAUCCAUAUAAUAUAUCUAUAUAAUAUAUGUCUAUAUAUCAUAUAUAUAAUUUCAUACUAAGUGUAUUUUAUAUACAUUUAUUAAUAUAAAAUUACACUUAUAAUUAAAUUACACACGUAUAUACAUAAUAACUAUAUAUAUUGUAUAUUGUGUAUAUAUAUAUAUUAUAAAAUACAAUUAAUAAGUAAAUUAAAUUAAAUUUAAAAAUUUUAAAAUAAUUAUAAUAAUUAAAAAAAAUUAUAUAUCUAUAUGAAAUUUUACUCUAACUGUAUUUUGAUAUAUAUAUAUAUAUAUAUAUAUAUAUAUAUAUAUAUAUAUAUAUAUAUAUAUAUAUAUAUAUAUCAAAAUACACUUAGAAUAAAAUUGUAUAUAUAUCUCUGUAAAAAUAAAUAAAAAUAAUACAAAAUAUACAUAGGUCCAGGUUUUUUUUUUUAUAAUUAAUAAAUGCUAACUUUUAGUUUUUUACUAUUUUGGCCACAUCUGUGGAGUACCGCAGUGGUUUCUUAAUUUUUUUGCUUCUACUGACAAGCCUAAUGCAAUUUUCUGUUGGCUUCAGCAGUGCAACUUUUAAAUAAUCCAGUUUCUCCUGGACUCCAUUUAAACUGCUCCAGUUUGACAAGGACUCCUUUAUACAUAUUCUAAUUUUAGAAAAGUCUGUUUUUCUAAAGUCUAAAACUUUUGUUUUGUUUGGUGUGACUCAGUCACUGUUCUUAUAUUAAACCACAACUGAUAUUUUAGCAAAUAACCUUGUCUAACUGCAUAUUUAGCAGGAAGGACAUUUACAUUUUGUAUAUAAUGAGGAAAAUCUCGGUAUUAUAAACAUCUCUUCUCUCUGACGUAGUUAUGUUGCCUGGAGUCUCCUUGUGCUGUCCCAUAAUGCAGCGUUGAACAGUUUUCAAAUUGGUUUGACAUUGAAUAAGACUCCCUGGCCGGCCACAGGCUGGCUUCUCUCUAUUGCUUGGGCUAAAGCUGAUACGAUGGGCAGCAAGGAUAAGCAGAUUGUGUCAGUUGAGUGCUCUCAGCCUAUCACCGCCACCCAUUUCUGAUUUGAGUUGGUAUGGCUAGUGAAAUUGUAACCUCCACAUUAGCUUUACCCAGGGGUGUCCCAAAACUCUCAUUCAGUGUUAAAUCCAUUCAAGAGAAGAACAUGCUUGAAUUUAGCAUAUAAUAUAUUGUGUCACUAUGUGAGUUGCUCUUCAGUGUUUAUUUUAUUUAUUUUGUUUAUUCGUAAUUCCUAGGAACAUGAAGAUUUAGUUAAAGCUGGAUUUCUGUCACAAACUGAUGACUUAAAGAAACCAACCGAAGAUUUACAAAGAGACAAAACAGAAAAUAUGGAAGUGGUUCUAGACAACAAAACGGAGGAGGAGAAAAACUGA